UAAUAUUUAUCAUUAUACAUUUUUUUUUUGUUUAUUGAAUGUCUUCAAAACGUUGUUUUCGAUUUGGAUUUUCUAUAAUAAUUUUUUUAUGAUUUGUAUAUUUUUACUCUAGUCUAUUGAGGGUUACCAUUGGGAACGUUGCUGGACAAAACGGAGACAACGGCGGGCGUGCAUGGCUUUAGCCGCUGUACAGACGUCUCCGACCAUUGGGACUUCGUCUCAGAAUUCUGUGAGUAAUUUAAAUAUAAGUCGAUAUAAUCUAAAAAAAUACAUAACGAAUAACAUUCAAGGCAUAUCAACAAUCAGCAAGUUUUAUAAAAAAAAAAAAAACGGAAACCAAUCAAGAUUCUAUUGCUGUGAAGUAUAAAUGAAAUAUAAAAAUAUAUUAUUUUUAAACAAUAAAUACUUAAGCAUUAUGAUUAACUUAUUUUUAAUAUUGUAUUAUUUUGAGAGAAUUAAAAAUUAUCUGAUAAGUUUGAAUUAAUUUGUUUAGUUAUUAGGUAUAUAAGUGGUAGCCAUAGUUACUUCUAAGAAUUACUUUCAAUAUGGUAUGUUUGUUUCAUUCAUAUUUUACCUAAAUAUUCUAUAUUAUUUUAAGUGAUAGGUAGUAUUAUUUAAAUUACAAUUUCUCAAACAAGUUUAUCUAACCUACAACUAACCUAAACUAUACCUACUUAUUAAAUGAUAAAGAUUUAUAGGUAAUUAAUUUUAUAAAAUGCUUUAACAAUAGUUUCAUAGAAUUAUAAUACAAUUUUAUGAGAAAUCAGGUUUCUUAAAUAGGUACAUAUUACAUUUUGUCUAUAAUGAACUAAGUAUUCUGAUUUUGUAUUAAUUGAAUUAAAAAUUAUCAAUUUUUGUUAGUAAUAUAUUUUUAAGAUUAGUUAUGGUUUUCAAAUUUAAAUUUGUAUAAUUUACAAAUUGUCUAAAUUAACAAUUUUUAUAAUAUUGAACCUACAAGUAUCUAACUGAAAAUGGCUACUUAGUUUUGCUCCUUUUUGCUCCAAUGAAUGUUAUUCGUUAUUGUACUAUUAACUAAAUUUAAUUAUUAUGUUAAGUUUGUUGAUUACUCAGUUGAUUACCUCAGUUGAUAUAAAAUUCAUAAGUAAUGAGAUUUUUUAGAGUUGUGUAAACAAAGUUGACCUAGAAUAUUUGAGUAAUUACAAUUUAUACAGCUUUACCAAUUUGGAAUGUUAAAUAAUAGUACUAUUAUUAUUAUGUACAAAUUAUCAUAUUAUACAACUAUAUUAUAUAAGGCUAUCAAUAGGAAGUUUAAAAAUAAAUUACACAUUAAGUACUAAAACACUAUCGCUAAAUAAUUUUGUUUUAACUAUAGGUAGGUGUAUUACCUAAAUAAACACUGAUUAUUAUAUAGUUAAUAAUUCAUGUCCUGUAUAAUAUUUAUAUGAAAAUGGUUUUGUAUUUUACGGUACCUAAUACAUCUACAUAGUAUUUAUAUAUUAUGGUAUAUCAUUUUUAUUAAAAGUGAAGGUAUUAAUUUAUAAAUUAUGAAUUUAUUAAGAUAUAACAUUAUUAUAAUAGGAGUAGAUUGAGUGGCUAGAGGAAUUAGCCUUUUAAAAUCAUCUAUGGCACCCCUAAAACUAUUAAAAAUAAAUAAAUAAUUAUUUUAGUCCCUCCCCUUCAAAAAAAAAUAAAAAAAUUAUUGAUUGAAAUUAGAAUGACGUUAAUGACCUGAAUUGAUUAUUAUGUAUUUUUCUGUGACAAUUUGGUAUACAGAUGUAAAACAAGUGAUGAUCUUUUAUUUUUUUUUAAAUUCAAUCAUAUCUCCAUCUAUAAGGUGUAUACUAGUUAGACAUAUUUUAUAAUUAUUAGAAUAUAAUAAUGUUAUCAAUAACAUGAAAAUAUAAAAAUUAUUUAAAUUUAACAAAAUACUCAUUUAAUAUUACGGUCUGUCGAGUUUUAUAAUGUACCCUACUUGAAAUCUAUUUAUGUGAGUAAAUUGACCGUAUUGGUAGGUAUAUCUAAUUUUUUUUUUGUGUCAUUGUAACUAGUUGGGUUGAAGACAAUUGAUAUUGUUCUUUUUUUUUCCGUUAUAAGUGAUUACAUAAAGUCUGUACUUCAUGAAUUACUUUUUACUUUGAUAGAUAUAGAGAAAACAAAUUGUCAUUUAUAACAAGAAAUAUUCUAUGAACUAUACAUUUUUAUAUUUUUUAUAUCGCAUCUAUAAUAAAUUAAAUUGUAGUAUAUUUUGUAUGUUAAAUUAUUUAAUUAUUACUUAAUUUAACUAUAAUUGGUGUAGUAUUAAAAAUAAUUAUUCAAUUUUUAAUAGCUAGGUAUUUAGAACAAAUUAUUUUAUAUUUAUUUUAUGGUUAGGAGGUUUAACUGUACAAAUUCAAGCUUUUUGUUACCCCUAUCUAAUUUGCGAGAUUGUAGAAAAUUAAUUAAAAAUGAAAACAUUUUUAUUUUUAGAUUUUGAGCAUUCAAAAUUUCUAUAAAGGUGUAUGUUUAUAAAAUAAUAUUUUAGAUUCUCAGUGGUCUUAAGUGCUCUUCAACGAGCAAUGUAUUGAUUUUACAAUGAUGUUUAUUUUUUAUUUUUUAUUAUUUUUUAUGUGAACACUUUUUGUACCAAAAAUUAUACUCUCAUUAUCAUGUAUAGCAUCUUUUUUGAAAUGAAAUUUUCUUUGGGUGGUGUUUUAAAGAGGUAAAUUAUUGAAAUUUUCAUUAAUAUCUGAGAUAAUGAGGAAAACCUUUAGAUUAAGAAAAAUUGAAAGAUUAAAAAGAAAGUUGUCAUAAGCAACCGUUUUUAUUUAUUUUUUGUUAUUAUUUGUAUUAUUUUAAUAUUUUUUAAACAAUCAUUGUUGACAUGGAAACGCACAUUGUUUUAUUAAUUGUACCAUAAUAUGACAUAACACCAUAUAUUGUAUUAUUGACAAAACAAUAUUAUCAACUGAACUCGGCUCAGAAUCGUUUUUUCGUUAGUAAUGGUUUAUCGUUGCUUACAGAUAUACAUUAAAUUCCUGCCUGUAGCCUACCUUCCCAACUUCCCAAUUAGAACAGUGGCUGCACCCAUGUGCGAAGUAUGUUCGUCCUUUUUAUUUAAUUUUGAAUACCACUAUAGUAUAUAUUUGUAAAUCAAUCGAAAAGCAUUCUCGAUUAAAAAGUAAAAAUUGAAAAUUCAUACAUUUUCAAUUGAUAUCGAUAAACUUUCUGUUGAUUAAUAAAAAUCAAUAUCAUUUUCAAUUAAAGACGCUCUUAAUUGAUUCGAGAAUAGGCUCCCAGAAUUGUAUAUAACUGUAAAUAAUAAUAAUUGAUAUACUUAACAUUAUAUUUUGCGCCAAACUGAAUGAAAUAAAACCGAAGUUCUAUCUUUCAGUUUUUAUUAAGAAUUUCGUUUUUAAAUUUUAAUUUUAAUUAAAAUAUAAUAUUUUUAUGUCAAAAUAAUCCUUUAGAUAAUUUCCAUAAUUAGUUUUAUAUCUUUAAUUUUUCUUUGGUCUGCUUUUUUCAACUUUCAUAUGUAUACAAAGUAUGAUUACCAAUCUAGCCCAAUUUUCUAUAACUUUUAAUGCAAAAUAACUAGGUGAACUUUUAUAAGUUUUUACCUGCAAUGUGGGGGGCUGUGAUAGAUCGAGUAGACUAAAAAUGCAAUUUAACAGAAAUUUUAUUAACUUAAGAAAAAUUUAUUUUUAAGUCUGUUGACUGUAUUCUAUUAUUCUAUAGAAGAAUAAUUAAGAAACAAUUAGGUAUUAGAAAACUUUAUUAUUGUUAUUUCUAAACAAGCAUUAAAUAUAAAGUAUAAAUUAACUGUCUAUUAACAUCUUGCAAAAUACUAAAUCAGAAUGAUAAUAAUAAUGCUUUAUUAUCAGUAGCUAUCGAGCUGAUGCCUACUUUUUAAUGGUUUUCUUUUUCGUUCGCGUAUUGCUAAUUAAUUAACUAUACAUAAUAUUAUUGUUUUAGUUUCUAACAAAGUGAAGUUUUUUACUAUGAUUAGUGUUUUGUUUGUGUCUCUAAUCUACUUCUUAAUUAAAAAUGUUGCUCCAAUCUUCGAUAACAGGAGUAGUUUCUAGUAGCAAUUUUUCAAGUUAAUGCUUUGAGGAGGUUAUUUUUCUAUAUUCUAUAUAGUUUUCUAAAUAAUUGGAGAAAAGCUGAAAAAUUUAUGCAAUAACGGUUUCAUGUAUUUUUAGGUUUAAUUUUACGUGAAUUUAAUUUAAUGAAAAGCAAAGAGGGUUGGGUUAUACAAAUCCGGAACGCAAUAAUCUUGAACGUAAUAAUCAGGAGCGUGAGAAUCCGGAAUAUAAAAUCCUAGACUAAAAAUCCGGACUGCAAUUUUCCGAAUUGGGAAAAUUCGGAACGUACCGAAUAUUCCGGGAAAAUAUAAUGGCUUUUAAAAUAUAUUAUAAGUUGGCAGUAAUAGUAUUUUAUAGCUGUGGUCAAUAGUGAUUUGUUUUUUUUGUCAUAGAUAAUAAUAAUAUCUUUAAAAUGUGAUAAACUUAUGUAACGCGAAAGAGAAAAAUUGGGCUGGUGGAAAAUUCGGGAGUAUAGGCAAAAUAGUCGGGGAAAGGUAAACAUUUUGGAACCAAGGGUGGUGAAGAGGGCAAAGAGAAGUCUGGAAUAAACUCAUUGAAAAAACUGAAGAUUUCCAUUUUAAGCGGCCUAUAUACACGUUCAGUCUUCAGUUCAAACUUCACCGAAGACUUAUGUCUUCAGGAAAGUUGGAGUUCGAGAUUGACUACACACUACUCAUAUUUUCUGUCAGUUUAGUUUGAUUACUUCUGUCACAAGCAUGUACGUAAAGUGCACGUGGUCGAAAUUCGAACACGUUCACGGCAACUUAAGAAAUCAGGAAGAACCAGUUCAGUUCAUGCCGUGCUUGGGACCAGGGCUGGAUUUAGACUUUCAGAAUGCCCAGGGCAAAUAUUUUUUGAAAUUCUUAGCGGUAAACAAAUAAAAAUAUCUAAUAUCUAAGUAGUUAAGGAAAAAAUUAAAAAUUUGCAAACUCGCACGUUAUAACUAUCUAGCUAAAAUGUGUUCAUUUCUAGUGUGAAAUACUGCUGUUCAUAUAUUACAAAUUUCAAUAUUCAUUUAAAUAUAGCAAUAUUAUAAUAGUUUUAUUAAACCUUCUUAAUUUUAGGAGUAAAAAUAAGUAUAUUAAUGUCAUAACGUUAUAUUUAUUAAAAUUUUGAAAUCAAAUCUUCGCACUGUUACAUUAAUGAUUUCAAAAUAAAAAAGACGGACAUACUUCGCACAUGGAUGCGGCCAUUGUGGUUGGUGAUAAGUUGGGAAGACAGGACAUAGAGGGGAAAUUAAUUUGUAUCUGUAAGUAACGAUAAACUAUUGCUUACUGAAAACGAUUCUAGGCGCGGUUCAGUUGAUAGUGAUGUUUUGUCAACAAUAUAUACAUCAUAUUAUGGUAUAAUAAUUAAAUAGGUGUUAUAUAUUUUCUUUAAUAAUAUUUGUUUAACAUUGUACCGAUUUUACCUUUUUUCUACGUUUUUCCCGGGUUUUCAUAUUUCCUGACCAGUGGAACGUUUAUACCUAUGUAUUCAAAUAUUUUGUGUUUACUGGAUGCCCCAUUGCCAUUAUGUUGUCUCGUUUGAAAUAAAAAUUGAACGUGUGUAGUCCGCGUCAGGAACGGUAGGAAAUCUUAAGAAGUUUUAGGAAUAAUUAGUUUUUCUUAAUUUUGGAAUACAUUAUAUAAUAAUAUAUUUAAAAUACGAUAUUAUAUACUUUGAUAUUUUACAUUUACUUAGAAUCUAUAUAUUGUACGAGUUUGUAUGAUUAGGUGUAGCUGAAACGUAUUUCCGGAAAGCGUUUCAAUAAUAAACAAAUAUCAUUAUCGAAAUUCUGUUUACAGUCUUUAUAAUUUUGUAUAAAUAGGACGAAACAAAAACUGCGUAACACGUCAACGUAAUGAUAAAUUCUUAUUGAAAUUUGAUAGUUAUUAAGUUUCACUCUUGUGACCGACAACAAAGAUUAUAUUAUUAUUUGUCUUUAUUGUUGUUUUUCGUUUUGUUUUAACACAUAAUAAUCGAUUCAUCGUGUCGGUUCUUUGUUUCUCCUCAUCAAUAUAAGGACUAUUUUCCGGAUUAACAUCACUCGGCGAUAAUUACACAUCGACCGUUAAAAAAUAAAAAAUAAAAUUUUACGUGUAUAAUACUACGGUAACCCACCAAAAAAUGUCCGGAACAAAUUAAAAGACAAUAGAAACGAUAGAAAUAAUCAAUUAGAAACUAGAUUUAUUUCGAAAACGAGUGUAUUGACGAUAUCGUAUUGUUUUCGACGAGUCGCUAGCUGAAAACGAGACGAGCGUCUGCGAUAAAUCGAAACAUCGUUACGAUAUUAUCGUGUACGCGUCGACAGUGCCACCGCUGUCCGUUGACAAAGCGCUGGUGGCGCGGCGGUGGGGAACGUACGGCCUCGGCUGUUCCUGCGAGUCUGCAGCGUGGCGGUACCGGUGCGUCAGUCAGUCGUCUGUGCGACAGCGGUUACGUGCGUUGCGUGUACGCCGAUUGACCCUAACCACGUGUGGUCACGGUGCGUGUGGCAGCUGAUCGUUGGUACGAACUUUGUCGUUACGGAAUUUGAAAAAAAUAAAUAAAUCUGACCGUAUAAGUCUAAAAUUUAUAACCGCCGUUCUUAUUCUGGUUUUUUUUUUUGUGCGAUCUAUUUCGUCGAGAGUAACAGUUCGUUCGCGAUGAAUCUGUCCCAGGCAGUGUCCACCAACGCCGCCGUCUCGGCCGCCCGUAUCCGGACGAGGUGUUGAAUUUCGAGCGGAGUGGACUUUACGGGUACUACUUAUACACGCGUAUAGACUGUUGGUACUGUUUACCGCUACUUUGCGGGUUUUGUGGCGCGCGCGUUAAAAAUACAACACACGCGAUGAUGUUGUACGUGUUGCCGCCCCCGGCGGCCGCCGGUCCGCCGUCGCCGUGGUCCACGAUUCUGUGCGAAGACGGACAACCGUCGUCGGCAUCAGUCGUAAACGGCGCCACGGCCGGUGGCCAGCCACAGCCGACCGCGGUCAACGGCAGUGGCCGGUUGACGUACAAACGGAACGCCAGCAACAACAGACGCGUCAAGGCCUGGCUAAACGCGGUGCAAAAGAACAACCGUCCGCCGCCACGCAGAAAACUUUCCGUGGACGCAACCGCCGCCGCUGCCACCGGUCCCGAGGUACGUCUUCGCGACCCGCCAGCGUCGUUUCUUUUUUUUUUUUGAUUUGUCGGUAGUCCGGUGCGUUACACUAAUUAUUCAAAGACAAAACGUUCACGGGACGAUUAAAUGUUCAAGUCGAUCCGACGAUCCGACGACGGAAUGAAAUUAGAAAUCGUUCCGUUUAUCGACGCGUUUUUCGUGAUCAAUAUAAUAUCAUGUAUUAUAAUUUGUAAUACAUAAAUAAAUUUGAAAUACUAAUUAUAAAAAUAAUUAUUAUCGUCCACGCUGCCCGUUUUCGUAUUGUUUAUAAUAUAUUCCGUUUACUCGGCUCUUGCGUUCUGUUUAUUACAAGAAUAUUAUUGAACUUUAGGAAUAUAUUUAAAUAUAUAUUAUUACAAUAUAUUUUUUUUUUUUGUAAUAACUGACGGUUUAACCAGUUCGUUUCCAAUACGAUAAUGUUAAGUCAUUUUCUAAUUGUUUGGAUAUUUCAUUCGGUGGAUUAUUUUACUUCGGAUUUUUAUUCGUAGAUUGUUUGGCCCAACAGAAAAGCUUUUACAUUUAACACGAGGUUAAUUAUAAGUUGUUCUUAUUGGUAAAAAAAAAUAAAAAAUAAACGUUAUGCUGUAAUAUUUUUAAUGUUUUUUUUUUACGAGCAUUUUAAGUUUAAAUUUUGACAAAAAACCCUUAAAAUCGAGGCAUUUUAAAGCAUGUUUAUUGAGGUUCAUUCUGAAUCGUUUUUUAUCGGUAAUGAUUUAUCCUUUUAUAAUAUAAAUUAAAUAAUUUUAUGUAUCUUACCUUCUUAACUUACCACUUAUAAAAGUGACACACCCAUCAACAAUAUCAGGUCUUUUUUCUUUUUGACAUUUUUGACCAUUUUUCGAUCGUUUUUUUUUGUUUUUAAGAGAUAUGUUUAGAAUUGCCUACGAAUUUGUUCAAUUUCGAACAUAACUUUGUGAUUAAUAAUAUUUUAUUUAUUGUAUAGACCUAAUAUUUGGUGCAGUGGUACCGAUUAUAUAAUUAUUUUUUAAAAAUAUUUAUUAUAAUCACUACUUAUAACAUGAGAUCAGUUUCAAAAUGCACUUCUAUACUAUUUUUUUUCUAUGAACGCAUAAUUUGUUCUGGAUUCGUGUCAUAUGUAAUUCAUAUGUAUAGGUACGUGAAUAUUGAACCUAAUUAUUGAUAACAUUUAAAGUUGAGGGGUAAUACACCUACCUGUUGUCUAUAUUUUGUAGAUAAAUGAAAACAUAUUAUAUUUAAAUAAUAUGUGAACACAAAAUACGCGUUUGUACGGGUUUCAAUAGUUUUUAAGUUAUUAUCAAAAAAAAAAGGUUAAAAAAAAAAUUGUAAAAUUUGUUGAGAGUUCUUUUAGAACUAAAAUAUAUUAUUUCAAUAAAUUAUAAUUUUCAAGAGCACCGUUUUCUCUCAUUCUGAAUAUAAUAACGCUCAUGCCGGAUUGCAUGACAUUUUACAGAACCGAUAAUUUCCUAUCAGUUUUUUAAAAUUAAAACCCAGUUUUGUAAAUUAAUAAAUAUUAUUAUAGAAUAAACAUAGAGUUAUCGAAUCGAUAAGAUGUUGCACUGCUUUGAGUUCUACACAAUUUAGUGAGCUGUUUAACCACACAUAUUCCGUGAAUAAUCAAUUUAUCAUUUAUUUAUUUAUAAUUUUACUUUCACGUAAAAACGGGGUAAAUUUAUUUAUUUACCUAUUUAAUUUAUAUCUAUAAAAUAGAAUUAAAAUGCCAGUUUCAUCAUAAUAUAAUAAUUUUUUCUGAAUUUUUCAAAUGUUGAUUAAUCUCCAAUGCCUAGGUGGUUUGAAUUUUAAAAUUUAAAACAAACCUUAUCACUCUUUAUUCAAACUUCAAACAAAAUUUAUGGAAUUGAAAUUUCAUUUUCGGUUAAUACUUAUUUAUUCAAAUAUUAUAUUACUGUAAUAUUUGAUAUUGAUAAAAUCAUUAAUUAAUAUACAUUAUGCAUGGAUAACACAUUUCUAUUCGAAUAAUAAAAUACAUUCAAAAAACUCAAUCCGGUCAAUUACUGUAAUUGUAUGUAACCAAUAGAUUAUCAGACCAACAGUAUACAGAACUCAUGCAAUCCGGCAUUGUUUAAAACAUUUUGAAAUUAUUGUAACUUAACGAAAAAUAUAUAUGUUUUUCUUAAAUACGCAUCUUGUUGCCUUAUUUAAAAUAUUGCACUCUUUUAAUUGUGUUAUACUCUAAAACCAAAAUUAAAGGACUUCAUGUUUGGUAAGCAUUUUUUUAUCACUGUUUUAACGUUUAGUUUUAUACUGUUUUUCGGACGAAAUAAUAUUAUGUAAAACAAUUUUUUUUAUACAUUUAAGUCGACGAAUAAUUCAAUAGCACUUAAAAAAUUGCUGCAGGGAGUUGGUAUAUAAUCGGUUAUAUGAAGUAUAAAGUCUAUUAAAAUUCAUGAAUUUUGUUAUUUUGGAAAUAUUUCCUCGAGAAAUAAGUUUAAUUUAUUUAUGCUGUGUACCUAUACUAAUAUUAGUAAUAUUAUUUUGCGGUGAUAUAAUAAAAUUCAAAUUAUAUCCAUAUUAAUGCUAUGUUGUAAUCACAAUCACGUAAUCAUUGCUAAUAUAUUUUUAUGGUUAAAUUUAAAAAAAAAAUUACAUUUUUUUUAUUACAUAAGGAUUCUUUUUUAGGCAAUUUUUUAAAAUGUAUAAGUUAGAUAACGAUUGUAUUGGAUGAUUUACAGAAUUAUAUUUAGGCGAAUAUUUUUUUUCAAUUUAAUUUGUUAUAAAAUAUGGAAUUCUAAUUUUGAAAAUUUUAAACUUAGUAAAUAGUAUAGGAAAGUAAAGAUGCAUAUUUAUGUAUCUAUACAAAAUAAUUAAUGUUGUAGUAAAAGUAAAUUUCAACAUCACUAUAGUAAUUUUAACUUCACUUAAAAUCGAUUUUCAUAAUGACGAUUUUCUAUAACACAUAAUAAGGUAUCUUAUAUAAAAAAAAUAUCAACACCAAUUAAUAAUGACAGUUUAAAACAGCUUUUUUAAAUUUAAGAUCGAUCGUUUACUGUGACCAGUGCAUUCAUUCUUAUUAUUAAUGUCUGUAAUUAUUAUAGAUAUGCUUAUUAUGUAUAUAUAUAUAUAUAUAUAUAUAUAUAUUAUAUAUUCUUCUGAACAAUUUUCCACACUGUCAAGUGAAAACGAAAAAUAUAUCAUUUAAAGCUAAUUAAUUUUAAUAGAGAUAUUAUAUCUAUAAUAUAAAUAUAAUGCUGACAGCUAUCGUGGUAAAGUUAAUAUUUUGAUCCGUAAUAAUUGAUAUAGAUAUACACAUAUUGCCCAAUACUAUAGCAGUGGUGUACCUUGACCUUUCUUAGAGUGGGGGAAGGGUGAAAUAUAUUUUCCCCUCACUCUUAAAUAAACAAUUUCUUAAAAAAGUAACGUCUCAGCUACAACAAAUUUAUAAAUGAAUACGGUAAUUGGGCUCAUUUAUAUCUAUAAAACGUAACAUUUUAAUGCGUGAAAUAAGAAAUUUGUAUUUAAUUAAUUAUAAUAUUAUACAUUUAUAAUACAGAAUUUAACCUCCGGUUUUUUAUAGAAGAGAAUCUUUCAAUGAUAUCCACUGAUAUACUUGUUUCCUGGUAAAUAUGAAACAGUGCAAACUUUGUGGUGUUAAAAAGUUACUGUUACUUUUCACUGUGUUUCAAUGAGUAGCAGUAACAGUGCUUUUUAGUUUUUACUCAUGCAUAAAGUAGUAGUGAUUUAUCUCACACUGUAAAAUUAUCAAAAAUCACUAUUAGUGAUGUUAUAUUUGUUUAACUGUGAAAAAUAUUUAACACUAUGUUAGUGUAAAAUGUGAAUAAUAUGUAGCGGUGAGCCGAUAUGAUUUUUUUUCUAAUAACCGAUUCGAUAUUUUAAAUCAAAAACUGUGCCAAUAUUGAGAUUAAUUAAACCGUUAUUUUCAUGUUGUAAUAUUAUUAUUGACAUUAAAUGUUUAUUAAAAAUAAAUAUUAAAAAAAAAAAAAUUAAUAAAACAUCAGUUUUGAAAAAUAACCGAUAUCCGAUGUUUAGAUAUCCUCAAUAUCGGCCGUAGUACGAUAUCGGUUUAUGCCACCACUAAUAAUAUGCAACUAUUGCUACUUGCUACCAUUGUUAAUAUGUGUUUAUAUAUUGUUAUAUGGUUGUUUGCUAAUUAACAUUUUUUAUUUUGACAAGUCAAAGUAGCUGCUGUUUGUUGUAAUAGGAAAAAAAAAUUGAUUUUAGAUAGGUAUUAUAAUAUUUAUUAAUUUAUUAUGUUAAUCAUUAUUCAUUAUUUCACAUUUACACAUCUGAUAUCAUGGUUAAAUAGAGUAGUACUCUAUGAAUUAUUAUUGGGAUAUUCUGAUAGGGUGAACGUGGGUCAUUAGUACAUGAAAAAUAAAAAGUAGCAUUUAUAGUAGCAAUUACUGUUCUUUUUACUGUGGUUUUUUUUUUUGUAACAGUAGCAUAUUCACAGUGUGAUAAAUAUUUUUCACAGUUCAACUUCACUAGUGAAAACCCCAAAAGCGAUCCUGGCACAUUUAUUUUGUAACUAUAAAUUAUUGAUAAGAGACAACGGUCGAACUGCCAAAAUGAAAUGAUAACAGUAUCUGACCCAGGUCGACCAUAAAUAACAAACAUAUUUCAUUGUUUAUGGAUCUAACUAUGUUAUCAUACUAUCAACUUUUUCAUGAAAAACAAAUUUCAAAAUUAUAAUAAAAACACUAAAAACAAAUAACAAUGCACACGUCAUAUAAUUAUUCGGUCCAGGGGUCGAUUUGCCUUUCUCCCACAGGUACGCCACUGUACUAUAGUGAUAUGUGUUUUGAAUAUACUACUUAUGUUUAAUAUGUUUAACUUAACGAGGAUGUGAUACCUGCAUAUAUGUGCUGUCUUACAAACAUACGACAUAGCAAAUUUGCAUUCAUCACGGUUAAGUUUGUGUAGUUAGUUUUAAUAUUGGAGUGAAUCAGCCUAUUAUCAAAUUUAAAGGUAAGUUCAUUAUCUGUGCAACCAUUUAGGUUUUUUUUAGUAUUUUAAUUUGAAGCGAGGUAUAAUUAUUAUUAAAUUUUGAUAUUUUACAUACUCUUAAAUCGCUUAAAAAAUUUAAACAUUGAAAAAAUGGUGCACAAGUAAUGACUCAUGGUUUUAUUCUUAAGUUUGAUAAUAGGUCAAUUCAUUGGAAUAUUAAAACUGACAGUUUUGUCAGUUCAGUUAUUAUUUCUGUAUGCAAAUUCGUUAUAUCGUACGCUUGUAAGAAAGAGAGCAUAUUAUGUGGAUAUCAUGUCCUUUUAACUCAAUAUAUAAUUCAUAUUAAUCACUGUAAAAAUAAAAUGUUACCUAUAUUUUUGAAAAUUAAAUUUACUAAAUUAAAUUAAUUAAAUUGUGCUUAAUUAAGUUUUUGUGUUUUACUCCCGCCUAUACGAUUUAUUUUAAAUUAAAGGUUGUGUCGAAUUACUAUUUUUAUCUAUCUCGUCUGUUUAGCAGUGUCCUUCGUUUUAAUAAUAAUUUUUUUGAGUAAUUUUAUACUUAUUUUACAUAGAAACUACGUCUAUAUUAUAAACGGCUUAAGCUAGGUUUUAGUUUUAAUAAUUACUACAAGCGCAAGUGAGAGUCAUAAAAUCUUUUAUUAAGUUUAUUAAAAAUAAGUUUUAUUGACAACUGACGAUUAUUUAGUUUUACGACAUACGUAGUUUAAAACCCCUAUAGUCUUAUAGUAAAUCGAUGUAUGCUAUUGAAAAUUAAUUAGGUACGUAUAUUGUAUACGCUUUCAUUCAUAAAAAUUGUGAUUGUUAUAUAAUAAUUCUCUACUUUAUCAGUUUGUCUAUAGAAUUUUUAGUUACUACUAUAUUUUUUAUAUGCAAAUAAUCUAGUUGGUGUACUUUUUUCACGAAUUUUUAGUUAUCUAUUUUACUGCAUUAUUUUUAUAUCAUGGUUAACAAGUUAACUAUUUUAAGUUAGUUAAUAUUUUGAAAAAAUUACUCAUCGUAUUGUCGACGUAUAUUCCAGGAAUAAUAUAGUACGUGGCUGUUCGUUUAUAAAUACAUUUAUAUUACUCAGCUAGUUUGGUAUAUGUAUUAAAGAGUUUUUAUAUGUUCACUCAUUGUACAAAUUAUUACUUAAUUAUUAACUACCACUACGCAAACCUCCGGGAUAUAAGCUGAUUGUCCAUUUGAACUUGAAACCUUCACCUGCAUUCCUUUAAAAUUGCAGUCAGGGCAAUUUUUAUACGGAUCGUUUUUUCGUACGUGCCUUUUUUUUAAUAUAUAAUUUUAAAACCUCGUAUAUCUAUGUAUAAUUAUUUUUUAAAGUAAAACACCAGGUAAUAGUUAAUAAACAUGUUAGCAUAAUGUAUAUUUCAAGCAAUUUAUUAUUAUGUACUGUUUCUUUUAUAUAGAUGAUGGAAUGAUUGAAUUAUAAUUAUUGUUUUUUCAUUUUAUCGUAUUGGUGGGGGAGGGGGAGAGAGAGAAAGUGAUUUUCUAUACAAAUUUCUACAUGAAUAACGUUGUUGCAGAAAAUUCGUUUGCAUCUUUCGCGUAUAAACUGUGAAAGUAUGAAAAACUCGAAACACUUUCCCUAUAGUUUUUAAAAAUGAUCCCUGUGUGUGUGACACGCAGCUGUUUAAAAUAGAACAUGCAAAAUCGUUUUCGUAAUAUGAUUACUAGUUAUAGACAUUAUUUUUUGUCUACAGUGGUGUUAUUUUCAAGUGAUGGUAGGGAGGAGAGGGUAGAAGAAUUAUUUUCAAAGGGAGCACCCCCGUUGCACCAUUAACAUUAUAAGUACUUAACAAAAAAAUGUAAACUAAAUCUCAAUACAUCAGAAGGGUUAUACAAUUCUUUCAAAAUAAUUAAACGAAAAAAUUCAUUAUCAAUAAUAAUUAGUAAUAAAUGGAUAAAAUGGGGUUAAAAAAAAAAUUGUCGUGUGAGGAUUAUUCCAUUUUAGAUCCGAUUGUUUCGCUUAUUCUAUAUGCUGGUUAUUGUUAUGUCAAUAAUAUUGCAACCAAAAGAAUUAAUGAAAAUAUAUUUGAUAGUCGUAAUUAUUAUAUUAAUUGUACUAUUUAUUAUAAUUUUAUACUCUUAUUGUCAGUAAUAUCGAAUAGUUAAUUAUUAUAAUAUCGCAAGAAUUUGAUGGUUAAAAAAAUAAAAAAUGAAGAAAUAAAAAUAGGUAGACACAUAUUAGUUACAACGUAUUUAUUGGUGGAGCAAUCUUAUACACACGACCGUUAAUAUUCUGGAUAUUAAUUUCAAUUAUCUUCGGUCUCAUUUCAAAACACGUUCCUGUACACAUUCUUUUGUUGCAAUAUAAACAUUAUAUAUUAUUAUAUGUACAAUGUUCAUACAUAGCUAAGAGAAGAUAACUCGACAAAAUUUUUUUUUUUAUUACAUUCGUAAAUUUUGUAAAGUCGUACACAUUUUUAUAAUGAAUUACAUGCGAGUAUAUUACAAUAUCGCGAACGCGGGUUUUUUAAUUAAAUCCAUAUUAUCUUAUUAAAAUACAUUUGAAAUAAUACUAUUGUGAUCGUUAUUUGUACAUCGUUUUAUACAUCUAUUGAACAGAUUUAAGAUUUAAUCGUUAUAAUUAUGGUACUUAUUACACUAUGCGUACUAAUUAAUGUAUUAUAAUUUUUGUUAAAACCUAUAUUUAACAUUUUGUGCAGGUUUAAAAAAAUGUAUGAAACCUUAUUUAGUUUGAUUUCAAUAAGCGAUUUAACGGUUUCAUUUAACUAGGUAAUCAGAAAUCCUACCGUGUAUUGUGCACUUUUUAUUAUUUAUAAAUAGUAACCCAUUUUUAAUUUGUCAUAAUACGUUGCUCAAAGUUAAUUGUAAGUCUAGGUACACCUGUAGGUUCUUACUUUUCGAUAUCGUGAUUGUAUAUAUUUUAUUUUUAUCAUCCAUCUACCAAAUAUUCUAUGUUUUCUAUUAAAAAAAAAAAAAAAAUGGAUUUUACACAACUGGGUUAUUAAAGUAGUAAAUAUAAUGCGUAAUUUGAUAACUUACCUAGCAGGUAUAAUAAUUUAAAAUUAAUUAACUAUAUUUCUUAAAUUGUAUAUAUUAUUGUUAUUAACGAUCGAAUAGAUGAUGAAAUCGAAAUGCUACCUAUUGUUUUAUAAUAGAUUAAAAGUAUCGUAAUGACGUAUUAGGUAUUCAAGGUGUUAUUUUAAGUUUUUGUAUUUGUUUUAUGUUAUAAAUCUCUUCCUUGUACGGACAAUAAAAUAGUUGCAUGUAUCAAUUUUUUUUCGAUUAAUUCCAUAUCUUUAUUAUUAUAUAGGUUUCAACUACGAAUAUUUGUAUUAUUAAUAAACUAAACAUUCAGAUAUGUUUCACAUCCAAACGGAAUAUGAAAUAUAUGUUUUUGUCUUGCUUUAUCCGAUUUUUCGUCUAAAUAUGACUUUUUUCCAGCUAAGUGUUCGGUUCAUUUUUGAUUUAUACCUAUGUAGAUUAACGGCUGUAUAAAAAUCGAAAUAGGUACUUCUAUAUUUUACGAUUUAUUGCUGUUUCAUGUAUAUACGUUAUAAUCAAACAAUUGUACAAUUGAAAUUAAUAAUAAUAAUGCAUUUGUACAUUUGAAGUAGCCUCUUGUCCUCGUUGGAUAAAGAAAUAGAAAUCGGUCACAAAAUUGUAUAAUCGUUAAAUAACACUUAAACUCUGGUGUGAGGUGAAUAUAUAAUAUUAUCUAAACGUUCAGUUUACUUGACUUUUAAUGGAAAUGUUAGAUACUUUGUAUAAUUUAGCAGAAAAAAAUAUAAUAAUAAAUUCAAAUAAUUCGAGUGCCAUGUACAGCAAUAAGCAUUUUUUAAAAACCGCUUAUUUUGAUCUUUUCUGUACUUGUAUAUUUUAGGAGAUGUUUUUGAAUUGAAUAUCGGGGUAAUGAUCAUUUCGAUCGUCUGUUUGGAUGUUAUUUUAUUUCAGUUCUUUAGCAUUUUAAUACUGUUGGUUUUUAGUCAUAUUUUGGUACUUAUUAUUAUAUUUUAACGUGUUUUGUGUUUUUAUAUUUUUGGCCCGUGUCCAACGCUUAUAUAUGCGACCAAAGUAUAAAUUAAAAAAUACGUGACAAAUGUAUAAUGUAUAGCAUCGUACACCGCAUUAAAACUUUUUAUUAAAAUACGACUUGACGUGCCUGAAAUGAUUAUAGCAUAUUUUAAAUAUACGUACUAAUCAAUUACUAUAAUAUUUAUAUAUUAUCAACAAUUAUCAGGUGCCUUUAUUAUGUUUUUAAAAUAAUUAAAAUAUUUCAACAAAACGAACUUAAAUCAUAAUUAAAUCAUUGACUAGUUCGUGAUUCAUUUUUAUUUUUGGUUUUACUACUAUGGAAUGUCUUAUCUAAAUAAUUGUUUUAAAAGUCAUUUUGUUCAUUCGCAUGGCAGCCAUUGGUAAAAUGAAAGUAGAAAUUUGUCUCAAAGAUAUUAAAUGCAUAUUAUUAAUUGUCUAUAUACUAUUAUAAGUGAUUAAAACAAUCAAUAAUGUAUUUAAUAUUUUAAUAGUCAUAUCGUUCGUUUGUUAUAAAGUCUUAAAACAGUAAAUAUUAUGGUACGAUUUUUUUUGAAAUUAACUACGUAAAAUUUCAAAAUUUAAAACUUACUAUAUUCUUGACGAUUUGUAUGCACUAUUUUGAUUAAUGAUAACCUUUUUGUUGAUCAUUUUAAUUUUAGAUUCUGUGAUAAAUAUAACGAUGAAGCUGUUAAAGUUUAACUAUAAUAUGUAGGUUUUUUCGGUUACUAAAGUGCUCCGAUUUUUUCAUAACGUACCUUAAGAUGAGUAGAUUUUUCAUCCAGUGGUACUUUAUUAAAACAAAUGUUUUCAUUUUCUAUGUUGUUGAUUAAAAAAAAAUGACGAUAUGGUUUCAUUUUUAUUGAUUAUAAUGGGUUUUUAAACUCUUAAAUACAUAUAUUGUGAAUAUAAACAUUUUUUUAACCAUAUAUUUUUUUGUUUUUUGGUUAACGUUUAUUAAUAAUAUUAAGGUUAAAUUUAUUUUUUUGGAAAAUUCGUUCUACAUUUAUUAUUUUUUUUGUUAAGAGAUAUUAUACUCAAUUAUAAUAAUUGUAUAAACACGGUUUUGGGAGAUUAAUAUAGGCUACCGGAAGUGUAUAAUUUUUAUUUUUCGUCAGUCAUUUAAAAUCGAUUUUAAAUCCGUUAUUAUUGGGAACCGUUUCAAGCGUAUACCUUUUAUCUUCAUAACUGUUUUCGACUUCCGUUCACGUUUUCUCCAUAGGUAAUUGUUUUCUAUACAGCAAUCGACAAUCGAUUCGCUCUGUCCACAACAUUUUCGGUCAAUUUCGCGUAAUAAUCGUUUGUUUCCUGGGUCAUAUAUUAUCCUAUGCGUUUUGACAUCAAACGGACAUCCGGAGAGAGACAUCGAAGUAAACGCGAUAAAAUGCGUAUGUUUUAUUUUUAAGCCCUAUAAAGCUCCUCAUUUUCACCUGGUAUAUUAAAAAAAAAAAAACUAUUUUAGUCUUAAUGUUGUUAUAUUAUUGUAUAUUUUUGAUUGUAAAAUAACCGAAGAAACCUAUACUUCACAACAAAAUUGUAUUUCCACUUAUGGGUUUACAUUUACAUUAUAUUUCAUCAAGGAGGUUGGAACAUACCUAUAUUUCAUAUAUUUCAUAAAUUUUAGUUCAGUAAGUGGUGGGAUAUUAAAUAUACUUCCCAAUGUCUAAUUUUAGUUUUUCAAGUAUGAAUGAAUGACAAAUUAUCUAGAUUAUUUUGGAAACCAAUUUUCAAUUUUAAGUUUUGAUGACCGGUUCUAAAAUUAAGAUAUUAUUAAUUUUAAAGAUUCCUAGAAAUAACCACAUUAUAAUAUACAAUAAUGUUGGUUAGGUUAAAUUUUAGAAAAAAAAGUAUUUACUUUGUGUAUAUUUGAGCUAAAUUCACUUGCUGAAUUUCCUAUGGCGUCAACAUUGUAUAAACUAUACAAGUUUUUAACUUUGACAAAUUAUAUUUUGCUUAAAAUUUUCUUUAAUAUUUUCAAAUGACAUUACACUAUUUUUCGAAUAAUAUUAAACAAAUACAAUUGAAUAUAAAGAGUAAUUGUUUUAUUAUGAACCAGCAUUUUAUCUUUAAGGAUUUUAAGUGAAUUUGUUUUUUGUUAUUAUUAUUAUUUUUAAUCAUUUUGGAAUCAUUUAAGCCUUAUUUAAAACCAUUUUUAAUUUUUUACCCUUGCUCCAUGUAUCUUAAAUAGAUUGUUACAUACUUUUGUUUUUUUAAAAAAGGAACCUCCCUUUUUGAACACGUAUUUAAAUAGAGAAUAUAAAUUAUAAAUAGAGAAUAUUUUUAAAUGUCGGUAACUGUUUAAAUUUUAGACCGGAGGAGUAAAGAAGAGUUAUCAAUUUAUUAUUUAAAAAUAGAUAUACAAUUUAUUACCCUUCCUUACUUCUCCGGUCUAAACUAUUAACUCAUAAACAAUAAAUCUGAUAUUAGUGUUAUGCAUAUCAAAAUUUCUAGACAAAUAUUCUGUAUUCGAAUCUAUGAACAAAAGUAUAUACUUAUUUAAGGUAUAUGGAUUAGGGGGGGGGAAAUUGAAAAUGUUUUUAAAAUAAAGCUUAACUGAUUCCAUAAUGAUAAUAGUAAAAAAAAAAACAUAAAUCAAAUUCAAUUAAAAUUCUCCGAGAAAAUUUCUGGUUCAUGAUAAUCAGUCUUUUUUUUUAUGUAUAGAUACAUUACAUACGAAUAGUAUGUAAUACAAUAGUUUAUAUACAAUAAUUGUUAUUAAAAAUAUCGAAAUUCCUGAUUCAUAAAAUGUUAUCACGUUUAGGUCUCGUGAAUCAAUUUUAGUAUUAUUACUUAUAUAUUAUAAUAUAUAAAUAGCUGUAUACGUUUGUUAAUGAAAAAAGAAACAAUUGAAAAAUAUACGCGAUCCCACUAUGUGAUUAUUAUUAUCGAUUAUAUUUUAUCCUCGUCGUAGCAGCACUACAAUAUUAUUAUAAUAUACGUUAUAACAUUGUGGUCUCUGGAUCAUUAUUUCCGCAUGCUCUGUGCCGCCGCAGCAGCAGCAGCAGCAGUAGUAAGCGACCCACAUCCGCGUCUCCCGUUAUUUAUUUCGUAUUUUUAUAGGUGCGAUGGACUCGGUCCUGCAGUGCAGUAGUAUAAUAUAGGCAGUAUAGAUUUGUUAUUGUCGGUCGGUCGUCGCCGCGAUUCACCACAUAUACGCAUAAUAUUAUUCAUUUAUGCUUCGUAUUAUGUAUAGUUUAUAAUAUAUAUAUAUAUAUGAUAUACCUUAUGAAUACGAUUCGCGACACGUCAUGUAAAACCGCAAACUAGACGUCUAUAUAUGUGUAGUACAGUCGACGCACAUUUAAGUCAUAAUUCGUAAUUAGGUAGACCGCUAUAUUUAAGAAAAAAAAAAAACUUGAUAUCAUAGGCCAUGGACGUCCCCAUAAAGUAAUUUUCAGGAGUGGGACGAACUGGGAUCAGAUUUCCAAACGCGCAUUUAAAGAUAUAGAUAGAAGUGUUAUGAAUAUAGGAGAAAAUGUUACAGUUAUGAUUGGCCCAUUCGAUCAAUAAUCAAUGUGAAUGAAUCUAUGCCGUAUGUCAAAGCAUACUUAAUACUUUCAAAGGUGGUUAUAUAUUUCCCUCUUUGCUCUCCCAAUAAAUGCCCAUGUCAUAGGCUACUAUUGUGGAUGGAAAUUUGAAGGGAAAGAGUAUAGGAUAGAUAUAUGUAUGGGUAUCGGAUAUUUUAGAUUCUGAAUAGAAUUUAUUGGUUUUACUAUGAUAUGUGUUUUUUUUUCUAUCUACCUAUCAAUUUAUCUACCAGAAAUCUUGUUUCAAUAAAAAAACCCAAAAGACUUUUUUUGUUGAAUUUUGAAUGUAGACGUUGUAUUAGAAAGGUCAUUUUUUGAUUUUCCAAGAAAUUUUCAUAAUAGGAAAAAACGGAAAAAUAUUUACGGCGCACGGCUACGCAGCGUUAUCAAUUACAUUAUUUAAAACAUUUAUGAUUUAUGUUUUUAAUCAAAAAGAUUUCGUCUCAAAUCAAUAAAUGACGAAAUGCAUCCUACUAUGAAUUCAAAAUACUAUACGAGAAAUCUUCAAUUAAGACUCGAUUAUUUAUAACUUAUAACAAUUAUCUUAUAAACUAUAAGGUAUUUUUUAUUGGUGCGAACAUACGUGAAUACAAUUAUGUUGAUUGAGGAAUCAGUCUCUUCAGUUUUAAGUCAGAAUAAAUAAUAAUUUUAGUAAUUUAUUUAUUUACUGAAAUUAUUAUGAUUAAAUAUUCGAAUAUUACAGAUUUUUCUAUUUGUACGUUUUGUAUAACUUGUCUUAUAAACUCUUCUUUUUGCGUCUUUGUCUCGUUAUAUAAUUUUAGAUUAUUUAGUGUGUAAAAAGAAUAUUAGUUUGAUUUCUAUGUAUAAACGUAUUUUGUAUAUAUUAUCAUUAUUAUUAUUGUAAUAAAUAAUAAACCAUUCAUUUGUUUUAUACAAAAAAAAAAAAUAACGUUUAUCGAUUUUGUUUGCACAAUCGUUAUCGAUAUAUUUUUAUUAAUAAUCGAUAGUUUUGCUUACCUACUAUCGUCGCAUCGCCCCUCGAACGGUAUUGCCAUUUUAAGACAUGACGCCGACGACGACCGUAACGUACGCGUGUGACUGGGACUGGGUUUUUUUGGGCGACUGCGUUUCAUUUCGAUCACUCUGUAUAUUAUAUAUAAAAUGUGUGUGUGUGUGUAUAUAUAUAUACGACACUACGCUUUUUUCGUUUAUGCGUAUUUAUAUUCGCGCUACGUAUACAUAUAUAUAUAUAUACACUGCAGACACACAUAUACCGGGUAUUUGAACUUGAAGGUCUUUGAACGAGAUAUUUUUCACUUUGUAUACGCCAAUUACCGAUUUGUUAUAUUGCGGUGUAAUACGCGUUUUCUUUAUUUAUUAUUAUUAUUCGUUCCAGAUAAAACGAUAUAUUAUUACGACAACGAUAAUUACAAAUUGGGCCGAUUAAAAAAAAUAAAAAACGACGUUCGGUAAUUAUUAUUAUAUGUAUAUUGUUAUCUGCAGGGCGAACAAAGCGUCCCAAAUACGACAAUUAUAUAGCUGGUAUCUAGGUAUAAUACUUAGGCUCUCUCUUCUUAAACCGACUAUUGUUUUUUUUUCCUUACUUAAUCGCUUUUUGUACGAGUUUUUCGAUUAUAUUAUACCUACUUUGUUAACAUUUCUUUAUUAAAUAUUUUAUAAGUAUUGAUGGGUGUAACUAAAUCGGUAACUGAUGUGGUUUUUUUUUUGGUAGUUCGAAGGAGACAAAAUAACAGAAGAUAUUCGCAUAGUAUAAAUUAUAUGUGUAUAUAUUAAUACGAAUUAAACGAUUUUAUUUAGGUAUUCGAUUAGUCAGACGGGUAUUAUGAGAAAUGGCUAAUUAAGUCAAUUUUGGCCAUAUUUGCAUUAAUUUUGUGUGGAAUUUCAAGCUAUGAUGAAUGAUAUUACCACUGUAGUUUACAGAUGAUGUAUAGGUUAAUUGCUAUCAACAUAUCAAAUUAAUGGAUUGAUUUGGUGAUAAGUCUUAUAUGUUUUUUUUUUUUUUUAAUAAAACAAUACCGAGUCAAUAAGCAAAGUUAGACUGAUUAUGUUGAGGUUGGAAGAAAGGAUCAAUCAGAGUGAGCAAUCCUUGAUAAGACACUCAUUAUCUCGGAAAUUAAUAAUUUAUUGUGUAAAUGUAAUUGUAAUAUUGUUUUGUAAAGUUUUAAAACGGUGCAAAUGUAUAAUAUAAUAUCUAGUAUGUGUAGUAUAUAGUGAAUACCUACAAAAAUGUUAAAAUCAUCUAUCGUUUAUUUUUAAAAUUAUUUUUUAGACGUUGAGUUUAAAAAAAUAUAAUAUACGAAUUUUGAUUAUUUUAAGAUUUCAAGUUCUAUUUGUGUGUUUUGCACGGUGAGGGUUGGGAGGAUAGGAGGGGAAAAUAAAUGACACAUUGCUAAAAAAUUUCAGCUGGUUCCAUCAUCUGGGGAUCAUAUAACAAUCUAGUUAAAUCAUUUUAAUAUUAACUAUACCAUUAAUUAUUAUUAAACGUGCAAGUAUUCAGGGUAAAUAAUAUGCAAUUAGUCAAUUUUGUAUUUAUUUAAGUGUAAUUUAUAUUAAAUCAUUUAUUGACGAUUCGGAAACGUACAAGUAUAAUAUUUUAUUAUAAUUUUUUGUUUUUAUCAUAUUAUACAGAAAUCCGUAUAGUUAUUGUCCACGUGUGUCAUUAAUCAUCGUUAUUUUACGAGAAUUUAUAAAUAUUUAAUCUAAAAAAACGUUACUCAUACAAUAAUAAUAUAUAUACGGGGCGUAGUUCCGUGACGUCGUUUGCCAAGUAUACUAUUGAUAGGAUACGACGCGCGACGACGAUGUUCGUACCACCUUGUGCCCAUGGUACGACGGGGUUUUGUAAAUUAAUCGUAUAAUUUCGUCGUUCUUUGUACAUGUUAUAAUAACAAUAUAAAAUAUAUUAUAUUUUAUGCUCGUGAAUAACGUUAUUAUCAUUAUUAUUACUAUCCGAACUUCUCUGUUCGUAUUAUUGGUGUAUAAGUUUUUUGCAUCAUUCGUCGUGUUAACCAUCGAUAAAACUCGAAUAAACGACGACGCCUUUCCCAAGGUCAAUAUGCGUUGUAAUACAAUAAUUAUUCUUAUUAUUGUAAUUAUUUCCUUCUGUCGGUAACAAUAAUGUUUUUCUUUUUCAAAUUCAAUUGAGGAGAAGGCGCACGACUUUGCCGAGUUUUGCGUAAAUAAUAUUGUAACAGGCAAUAAACCUGCGCGUAUUAACAUUACAACAGUAAUAGGAUGACGGUUAUUUAUAUUUUUUUUUGUUAUCACGAACCAGCGAUCAUAAUACUAAAGAUUUCGAGUAAAUUUGAUUUUGAUUUUUUCAGUCACAAAUAAUAUACUUUUACAAUUUGACCGUUAUUCUGUAUAUCGUCAUAUUAUAAACAUAUCAUGUAAACUUUCAAUUUUCAAUAAUAACCGUGUUGUAUCCGAGAAAAAAAAAUAUUUUACCUUUUUUCUAUGAAAAGCAAUGGUUUAUAAGUAAUAUCCGUAGACUACGUAACGUAUUAAUUCAUAUUGUCUAAAGUUAUAUUUAACAUUUAGUAUUUACCAGCGUAUUUUAUUAGAAAAAAAAAAAACAAUAAAUGUUUCUUUUUCUUCCUAUCCCUUUUUUGUCUUACUAAAUGUUGUCUUGAUAUUUUUUUGAUUAAUAGAUCUAUGGUUUGGAUUCCAAAGUAUAGAUUAUUUAAACUUAAGAUAACCCUAUUAGAUAUAUGGCUACUAGGACGGUCAUACCCGGUUCAUACGAUGAUAAUUACUACCCUAAUAGGUAUCAACCAUUACGAUAGUAACAUCACAGAGACUGCGUACAUAUACGAUGAUAAAGUAAAGGAAUAGUAGAAAACAUGAUGAUAAUGUGCGUAUAGUAUGUAGACGUCUAUGAACGUGCCGUCACGACAGUAAAAUAUGACGAUAAUAAUAUUGUGUGUAAGUACACACUCUCACAGUAGUGUAACUAUCGCUUUCAUGCAUGACGUUGUGUUGUGAUAAUGUCCUGUUCACUCGACCAUGGUUCAUGAUAGUAAUUCUUACACGGUUUUAAGUUUUGUAACUAUCACGAUACUGACUAUAUUGUUAUCGCGCGGACCGGGCUCUAGGCGACGAAGAAAGUCACCCUGUAUCGUUGCUUUAUUAUAAACGUCGUCACAAUAUUAUAGGGAACCACAACAAACCAUAAAUUAUAAUAACGCGUUAUUGUGUUUACUUAUUUUAUUAUUAUAAUACCUAGUAUAUUAUAUUGUUGCGUAUGACCACAUCUAUUCGAGACAACGCGACGACUGCGACGGUCCGCGUUCUCUCGGCGCGCAGUUUUGUAUCGGCGCGACCAUAAUAAUAAUUAAUCAAAACGACAAAAAUAAUAUUAUUGUGUUUUAUUUUUUCGGGCGGCCGUGUGAUAAGUCGAACACGAAAAACGUAUCAACAGCAGCAUACGGCAACCGUCGUUGCGUAAUCUCGUGCUUUAUUGUAAAAAAAAAAAAAAAUGUGCGCUGCCGGUGGGUGAUCCGUGUAUGUAUACCACCGUGCGCCGAUAUCGGCAUUAUUAUAAUAAUAAUAAUAUUAUCUAUAAAGCUUUGCCGGCGGCGUGUCGAUUUCGCAACCGCAUUUUUAUAAUAAUAAUAUUUAUGUCUGUAGGUACGCGAUACAAUUACGCAUAAUAAUAUUAUAUUAUCGUAUGGACUGUGAAUUUGUAGUAAAUACAUGUUUUUUGUUUUAAACUUGCACACAGGUUACUUAGUCCUAAUUACGAAUCGCGUAACAAUAAGCAUAUGCUCUCAGUCUUUAAUAGCGUGCGGGUUCAUUUUUCGGCAUUUCAAUUUGGUUGACAAAGAAAGAAAAAAAUAAAAGGUUUUUAGUACACCAAAGUUCAUAGUCCUGUGCGCAUUUUCGUGGGUUGUAAAAAUCAUCACGCGAUCGAUCGACAAAUCGUUCGACCGUUCGCCGCUGCCAUUGCGCGAAGACUAAUACUGUAAACAUAAAAAAAAAAUACGAGUGUGCGUACACGCUAGUGAUGUGAACGCACUGUGCGCGUUAGCAAUAAGGCCCGUGCGAGUUUUUUGAAAUCUCCGAGAGAGACAGUCGCACGCGUGUUGACAACAAUAACAAUGUCCCAUUGAAUCAUCACGUCACUGGGUUCGUGACCGCCAGAGGUCUUCUGUGCACGACCGAAUAGGUACACAAGUACUUGCAUAUGGGUAGCGCGGGCGGUGCCAACGCGCACUUGACUUGUACACGAUUUUGCGACGAUUGGUACCACAUCUCAGCUGGUUUUAUAUGCGACGUUUAUAUCAUCUGCUCCAGUGUCGAUACCAUCACCGUCGUUGUCGUCGUCGGUUCGUUAAUUCCAGGUUGAUUUAUUGCAGUUAUUAUUAUUAUUAUUAUUAUUAAUUUGCCCGCAAUAUUAUGAUAUUUGCAAACGAUGUGCAGAUUUUGGAAGAAGAAAAUACACCCGUGCACCCAAGCUUAAAGGGUGGAUAGAGAUUUCGCGAGAAAAAAUGGAUAGAAAAUCAGUACGCCGAAGAUAAAUUUUUUUGAGUGUAUGUUUGGAAGUAAAAGAAAAAAGAAAUCUAGUAAAGAUAACGAAAAUAACUUCACAGGAAUAGGUAUAACUCAUUGUCAACACAAUAUGUUUCUGCUUUUGUUUUUAAAUUCAUAAACAGUAAUAUUUUACACACCAUAUAGACCUCCAAUGCUUCAUUUAAUUUCAAAUAAUGGAAUGAAAAAGUUAAAAUUUCACUUUUUUACUAACGUAUUAUAAAGUUUGAGAUGGAAAUGUUGAAAACAGAAUUCAAUGCGGCCUGUAGAAAGUAUUCCUCUUCCCACCAAAAAUAAUUGAGUUGCACCUCUCCACGAGGCAUAAGAGUGAUCUUAAUAGGCAUAUUUUGAGCCAAAUAAACGCGCUGGUACAUUACCCCUCAAUGAGGAUUUGUAGUGUAACCGGAUCGGAUACUAAUUAAGAAUUAAUACUAGGGGUAGUCGGGUAUAGCAGGAAAAAUGAGAGCGUGUAAAUUAUUAUGAAAUGGACAUGUUGUGAGAUAACAGAAACGAUGUGAUUGACAAGAAGAUAAGAUUGUAAAUGAAAACCGGGAAAGGAAAACGAGGGUGGCCAAAGAUAAAUUGGCUACAGGAUAUUAUAGGGGAGAUAUGAGGUCAUGACUGCACGAGUAGUAGAUAUGGCGAGUGAAACUAAGACCUACGUUAAAAAAAAUCCAAUCUAACCUAUAUAUUCUGUGUGGAUUGAAGUAACUUUGGUAAACACGAGUAUGUAACGAGUAUUUGACCGUUUCGUUUGAACCUUAGUUUUGCCUAAUAAUAAUGUUCACAACUUACAAUAUUAUUAUACGCCAUUGACAAUGACAUGACCGUUGUAUUAAUUAUGCAUCUAGUUUUGAUUAUAACUUAAUUUAAACUCCGUUCGAUAAAAAGUUCUAUAAUAAUAUAGUAUAUUAGUUUUAAAUCGUUUUAUAUAUACAUGUAACAAACGGUGAAUCAAAGGUAUAGUACCAGUUUUUUUACGCAAUAAUCGAUUUACCUAAUGAUGACAUAAUGAUGUGCCAAAAAUUAGGUUUUUUAUUAUUUUGACAUUUUUUACGUUAUUAUAAAAAUUGUAUAAUAUUAUAACACAGAUAAUUUGUAUUAUUAUUACCAGCUAUUUCUAUUUUAUUAUACUUCAGGUUGUGUAAUAAUGUGCAGUCAUUAAACUCAGUUUACCCGAUAAUGAUAUUUUCUCGUUCGAAAUGUUAUGACAACAUACCUACUUUGUUCUAUUAUUGACAGAAAUGCAUGCAUAAGGAUUUAGAUUCAUAUUAAGUAUUUAUUUCUUCUAAAACUUACUUUUUUUUUACAUUUAACAAAUAAAAUAAAUAGUACAAAUAGUUACAUAAUACAAAUAUUGCAUUUUUUUAUUUUGUUUUUAUUGUCUGUAUAUUAUUAACUGUCAGGUUUUUAUUUCGUUAUCAGCUAUACUGCAGAUGGCCACGCUCCUCAAAGAUUUAUUAGUUUAAACUUCACCAUUUUUAUUAAUCAAUGAUUUGCGAAACACUCUGUAUACGAUUCAAACAGACUAACAUAAAGUCAAAUUUAGACGUAUAAAUAAAUGUACAGUGUUGAAUAGCACUACUAAUGUGUUAUGGCACGCAUAUUAUAACAUCAUCUACCUACUAAAUAUUGACAGUUAUUGUUGAAGAAUACCUAAAUUAAAGCAAAAACUACCAAUGAAAAAUAUUAUAGGCUGCACUAUAGUUACGCGUAUAUAUACCGUAUGUCCCAGAAGUCCCGUGCCACCCUGAUUAUCUUAGUUGAAAAUCAAUUUAUUUAAAUGCGGUUUUCUCAGCAGUAGUCUGUGAGACGAUUUAAAUUUAAUGGUAGACCAAGUUAGAACAGAACAGAUUAAUUUUUUGAUUUAAUGAGAAUAAUAGUUUUUAGUUAACACAAAAAACGAGUCGCAUUUGUUGAAAUAAAUGCCGAUUGUAAAUUGUAAUGUGGUUUUUUUUUUUUUGACAAUCCGCAAAAAUAGAUCUACUCAUUAUUGUAGCUUAUGGUACUAAGGGUACAAAUUAAAAUAAAUAAUAAUACGAUUUAAAACUUAAUCUGCUCUAACUCGGUCAAUUUUCACUCUAUUAAAUUUGUUUUAAAUCGUUAAAAAAAAAAAAAUAUCACCAAAAAAAUGUCUAUCUUAAAAACUUUCAAAACUAAAUUUUAUAAAAAAUGGUUUUUUUUAAAAAAAAAUUUGAAUAUACUAUUAAAUUGGAAUUUUCCCAUAGACUACUGUUGAAAAAAUCGCAUUUAGAUGGAUUGAUUUUCAACGAAGAUAAUCAGGGCGGCACGGGACUUCUGGGACAUACGGUACAAUUUAUAAAUUAUUUAUACAUGUAUGUACAUUAUAUUAUGCACGCUAAUAAACGUACAACUUAUGUCUUCUAUAACACAACUCCAGAAAGUCUACACUCGAAUCCCUCUCCCUUUCAUCGCCACCAUCAGCACAGACCCAUUGCACUAAAACUUAUGAAAAUAAUUAUUUGGUUGUUAAAAUAUUUUUUUUGUGUAUUGAGAUUGUAUCACGGAUUUGCCAAUUUUUAGAACUUUAAUAAGAUAAAUAGGUAAGAAAAAUAGGCAAUAAUAAUGUAUCUGAGGUUUUAAUUUAUGUAUUUUUGUAAGUAUUAAUUGUAUUAGGUAUGUUAAAUAUUUAUGUCAAUUCAGAAAGGUUAACAGCUAGUAUCGCAAAUAAUUUGAUUGUUGAAUGUUUUUUUUUAUAUAAACAUAAAAUAUUAGUUCUCCGAAAACAAAUUGCUCAUGUAAUAAUAAUACAGUUGUUAUGAUUUUUCCUAUUGUGGUCGAUACUGUGUGCAUAUAGAUAUUAUUAUCAUCAUUUUUGCUACUACUUUGCAUCGUGUAGUUUUGUUUUGUUUUCUGUUUCGCUGUCAACCACGGUAAAUAUUGCGGAGAUCAUGGGUCGUCAAAUGUGGCACGUACCAAUGCAGCGGCAGCGGUCAGUGAGUGUGUGGCUUAAUUUUGACACAAUUGUAACCUUUUUUUUGCCUCUCCGUGACCUAGAACCGAGAAAAUCGUUUCGAAAUCGUUUAAAUAACUAUGUAUAAUAAUAUAAUACAAUAUAUUAUAUUUAUUUAUUAUUAUUAUUUUAUUAUCUUUGCUAUAAUAUAGUCUAUACUAUACAACCCCAUUUAUUUUUAACCGUGUUUUGUUGUGGUCGUGCAAGUCGGGGUCGUGACAGUGAAAGUGUCCGUGACUGUAUACUAGUACUAUAUUUAUUAUUGCUGUUGCACACGUACACACACACAUAUACACGUGUGAAUCUUCCUCCUGCAGCCAAAUUAAAUUCACGGAUUUACGUUCAAAUUUUGUAGUUUUGUAGGGCACAGUGUCAUUCGUUGAGUAAUUAAUUUUUUUACGUUAUCCUCACACGACUAUUAAAAUUAUGUGGUUGACGUGUUUGUAAUAUCAUUCGAAUAAAAAUAAAUUAAAAAACUAUUGUCAAUUAUUAGCAUUCAGAGUAUUUCUUACUAUGGGUUGUCCGACUCAGUGUACAAAUGGGAUAACCAGCCCAACCUACUGGUAACAAUGGGUUUUAUAUAGUUUUGGUAAUUUACAAUAAAAUAAUAUAUAGUAUUAGUUGAAAAAAUAGAUGUUAUUACCUAUUUUAGCUAAUCGAGUAUAAUACUCAAGUUAAAAUCAAUUUGCUCGUUCAUAACAAAAUUCGUAUUGAUAUACUUAUAUUACUAGUGAUACUUAUUUAUUUACUUAUCUGGUCUCACGACACUCUUGUCACUUCUCUCAAAUACUAUUUUUAUUUUCAUAUUUACUAUCAAUAAAUAACAAGACAGUUAAUGUUUAUACUCUUAACAUUUUAAUCUUCACAAUAGUUUUAAUGUUCAUAAAUUAAAUUAAAUAUAAAUGAUACAUGAAUUAUUAUUGAAAAUAUUUUAUAUAUCACAGCAGAAGUAGCUGGAAAAUAAUCAAUAACACUGGAAACUUGUAACUCAUCCAAUUAUUAUUUUCAAUACUAAUAAGUAAAAGUGCUUCCAAAAAUCUUGAUUCAUAUUCAUAUUACUUAUUAGCUUUGUGUUUUAUUUUUACAAGCUGUUAUUUGCUAAAAGUUCGUUUUCAAUUAACCUCAGUUAUUGACAAAGUAAGAAAAUCUUGUAUAAAGCACAUAACACACUGUAAGUUAGCAUACAAUUUGCAUGUUUAAAUUAUUCAAAAGUUUAUAAACACAUUUAAGCAAUUUUUCUUAUGUAAGUUAUUUCUGCUGUUGCCUGAAAUAUGAAAUAAACAACAAUUCAGUUAAAAUAUUUUCAAAUAUAUUUUUAAAAAAUGGACUAGUUUAAUUUUUUCUCACAAGAAAUUAUGCAUGCAAAUACUUACCCUUCUAAUCGUCGUCAGUAUUGGCGAUAUUCUCAUCCGAAUUUUGUUUUAAAUAUUUAUGAGCUUAAUAGGCAUUUGUUGCUUUAUGACUCGUUGUCCUUAAAAAGCAAGCGGUUCAGUAGGACUUUUUUCAAGAUCCCACUGGACCAGACUGAGCUCAAAUAUAGUACUAAUACAUUACCGUUACUAAUUGUAUAAUGUUUAGUUUUGAACUUGAAAAUUUCAAUUCGUCAAAAUUAAACUUUAACAGAUUUCCAUUUGUAUUUAUUCGGGUUUGACUUGUGCAAGUUUAAUGAUACAACUUUUUUUUAAACUCGACAAUUUCGUUGAAUUUUUAUCAGCACUUUUAUGCCAGAAUUAAUUAUUAUUCGUUUUCAAUCAACAUACUUGUAAACGAUUCGAUUAUUUUUUUGAAUUGGAAAUUUCAUUAUCGAAAAAUCUCAUUUUUGGAAUUAUGACAAUAUUGGGAAUUAAACCGACGAUGUAUGUUUUAAAUUAAACUUAAUGUAGGUACUCCGAUCGUAUUAAUUAUAAGAAUUAUUUCCUUUUUUUUUACUUUUGAAUUAGUUGUAUUGAAAUAUUAUUCCAUUCGACAAUAUUUUCAAUGAGUCAUAAAACCACAGGUACCUUUAUAGGUUUGUAUACUUGAAUUCUCUGUAAAGAAUGAAUCGUAUACGUUACCCAUGAGCAAUGUAUAUAAUAUGUGUAUAGGUAUAUUGACGAUGGAAUGUGAUAUUCUAACCACAAAAUCUCUGCAGUAGUCAAAUGAUAUCUUUUACGUUGAAUUAAUGAAGUUUAGAUAUAUUAUUGGUAACAUCGAAUGCUAUUAAGUUAAGCAAAAAAAAAAAAAAAAUAUGCUAUGAUAUUAAUAACAAUAAAAUAAACUUGGAAAAAAAUACUUUAGGCUUUAUAGUAAAUGUCUGUUGUUGGUACGCUUAGAUAUGUUAUAUUGUUAUAUGGUAUUACAAUCGUCUGUGCAUCAAUGCUGUUGAUGCGAACAUAGUAAUUAUAAUUGUGUUGAAUGAUGUGACCAGACUAGGUAUACGAGUCGUACAGUAUGAUAUGCAGUGCAAUUGUUUGCAAGUACAUUGAACUUGACCCAUACAUCACACACGCAUGAAAACUACACUUAUAUAAAAUUAUCUAAUAUGACAUGGAGUUUAUCCAUUAUUAACGUCUAUACAGUAAUGAAAAGAUCUAGAACUUUUUUUUUUUAAUAUUAUAAUAUAUGAUCCGGUAAAAUUAUAGCUCAAUAAAUUAUACAUUAUACUCGUAGUAUAGAGUUUUCGUAUCGUUUUUAAUCGUGUUUGAUACAUAAUAACCUUGGAAUUAAGUUAAGUACAAUGCAUAAUGAAAAUAACAGUUUCAUGUAUACGUAUUGCUAUUAUAAUAUAUACUAACGGACACAAAUUUAACAGUAAAUUACUUAUUCGUGCUUAUUUCUCGUAAGACUUGUUUUUCAGAGAUUAUGGGUCAACCUGUAUUUUUUUUCUUUAUAAUUUGUUUAUACUUAACGUGUAUGAAUACAUACUAUUUUAACAUACAUAAUUAAAUUCAUCAACCAGAAAUAUUCUCGAUUAUACAGGUUUUCUAACUAUGUUUUUUUUUUGUUUUUCUUCCAGGAUUCCGGAGCCGGCAGUUCAUUAGACGAAGAUGAACCCGUCAAAACCAAUCGCAGGUAAAACAAAUAUAUAAAUUAGAAUGUUAUUAUAUACUUAAAUGUAUAUCUGAUAAAUCUGUACGCGAAAGGGAUCAAUGACCAUAUGUGUGUGCAUACGUGUGUGAAUAUGUGCGUCCGAAUGGAGUUUUGCCAAAACGGUUAGCUGACAAAUGUCUGUAAUAAUGCGACCUACGGUUAUAAAACUUCUAUAGUGUGUGCGAUAAGUAUACGUAUACGAGUAGUAUUUUUGCUACCAUUUCAUCGAUUUUCUUAACAACUCAAGGAUACCGCCAGCCGGCCUACGCCUUGCACCAAAAAUAAAUCUAAGACUUUCACCCAAAACUGCUGUAACUGCGUCGUCGUUGUCGUCGUCUUUAUUUUAUAGCAAACAAAUUUAGAACGGAACUAAUCGCGCAACGGUCGUUUUCCUUACAAUAGUAUUUUUUUUUUCCAUUAUAUGACCAAAAGGGCCUUGAGAAGUUAUAAUAUGAAAUAUCUAUUGUUCUGUUAUAGAUUUCCUUGUCAUUACAAAGAUAUCACGACCGUAAUGUAAAUAUAAGUAAAAUAUUAGUAUGUAUAUUACUAUCAUAGUAUUUCCCUAUUAUUUUUUUAGUAAAAAAAAAUUGUAGAUUUGUACUAUAAUAUAUUUUCGUUUACUUUAGAUACUGAGCGAACUAACGAAGUAAGGGAUAUAAUGGUUUUACCAUGGCUUGUAUUUUUUAUGUUGCUUUUGUCUUUAAACAAUUUUUCUUUAACAAAUCGUGCUCUUCUCCAAUCAAAAACUUUUUUGUAACAUUUUUAAUCUAGUUGGUGCAUUGGGAAUUAUUUGUUUUUCAUUUUUCUUGUUAUUUUCUUAAUAAAAAUGAAAAACUGGACAUUUUUUGUAUAAUGUUUGAUGAUUUCUGGCUUAUCUUGGCUACAAGGAAAAAAUACCACUGAUAAUACUUUGCUCUGAAUCUUUUUCGUUAGAAGUGGUUUGGUUAGGUAAAUUGGGUACAAAUAUAAAUUAAAUUAUUCUAUAUAUCCUUUUUUCUAACUUCUCUCCUAAAACAAUGGCACACCCAUUGACAGUAUCAGUCUUUUUUUUAUACGAUUUUAUAUAACCAAUAAAAUACUAUAACGCAAUCGUAUCGAAUACUAUUGCGUGUAUUGUAUCACAUACCAACGUAAUAUUAUAAUAUUUUGUCAUCUUUUUAGUUUUAGUUCUAGCUUUUCGUGAUGUCCACAAGGCAUCGAAUAAGGGGGAAAAUUUGUAUGCCAUCUAUAAAAUUACCGAGGAUAAAAUUAACUAUUUCACUUUCUCCUUCACCUAAAGGGUUUCACCUAUGUAAUGUGAAUACUGAAUAGAAAUUAUAAUGUCACAUAGUUAAAUUGAGGAUAUACAAUUAUUAUCGUUAACCUUGGCCGAUAAUCCGUAGGGUUGUAAUAUAUUAUAAUGACACAUUAUAAUUAUUAUCCAACACAUUUUUUUGUACAUACAAACCUAUUUGAUUUCCGUAUUUGUCUGAGGAUGUUCGUUUUUAUAUGUUUUUCGAUAUGUCUAUUUUAAAUUUGUUUUUAUUUUUGGCAUCGUGCCACCGCAUAUUGUGCCCCAAUGUAUUAUAUAGAUGAAUUAUGUAAGAAUAUAUUUUUUGUAGUGAACCGGUAGUUUUUUUCUGUGUGUGAUUUUUUUUAAAACCAAUUUGGAAGUAAUUAUUAUGAGAACUACAUUUCAAUGAUUACAGUACAUUUUUUUUUUUUUUUUUGUAAACAAAUUCUAUACUAGAAAUCUUGCUCCAAUCAAAAACUUUAUAAGGACUUUCUUGUGGCAUUUAUGAACUAGUUGGUACGUUGAGGAAGUCAUUUUUUAAUUUUCCUUGAAGUUUACUUAAUUGAUGGGAAAACUGGCAAUUUUUUUUUCUAAUUUUAUAUUUCUGGGUUACCUUCCAACAAGGGAAAAAUAUAUCUAAUUAUUAUUAGACAUAUUCUCAUUAUCUGUUCUGAAUUGUUUUUAGUUAGAAAUGCUUAGGUUAAAUAGGUUAAGUAUAGAUGCAAAUUAAAUUAUUCUAUAUAUCCUUUCUUCCUACUUUCCUCCCAACAGUGACUCAUCCAUCAGCAGUAUGUGCUUAUUUUUAUUUAAUUUUAAAAUUAUUACUAAAAUUGAACAUAAUAGUAUCGUGUACUUUUAUCGUAUUUCUAUGCCAAGGGUAAUGUUAUAAUAUUUUGUAUUAUUUUAAUUUUCGUGAUGUUCGUAGGGCAUUCAAUAGGAAAUUAAAAAAAAAAAAUUAGUAUUUGUGUUUAUUAUUACUUGUCUAUGUUGUAUAGUUAUCACGGAUAAAAUUAACUAUUUAACUUUCUCAAUAAAAACGGGUUUCACCCGUAUAAAUGUAAUUACAAAUUAUGAUUUAUUAAAGGUAAAUCGAAGAUACACAAUAGUUAGCCGGAAAAUCCGUAGUGUUGUAAUUUAUAAUGAUAAUAUACUUAUAAUAUUAUCUAACAUAUUUUAUUUACAUACAAUGUACCAAUCAAAACGAUUUAAUUUUCGUAUUUGCUCUAUUUGAUGUUUAUUUUUUGUUUUUCGAUCUUAGUCAGAUUAGACUACUUUAAAUUUGUUUUUUUUUUUUUGUUUUGUUUAACGUAUUUUGUAAUGCAAUUAUUUCAAAUUGAAAUACAACACUUGAAAAAUUGCCCUAUUGAUAUAUUUAUCCCUCAACUUGUUACAGUAUAUAACAUACUUAUUACAGUAUAUAGUAUACUUGUUACAUAAUAAUAUUGAAAUUAUAUCUUUGGCCCCGAGGAAUAACAGUUUAAGUCAAAAUUAAGUCAAAGUUUUUUUUGAAGUUUAUAAAUUACAAAGAUAUAGGAACAAAUUUUGGAAAUCAUGAAAAAUGUAUAAUACAUAAUAAUGGAAGAUUAUGGAAAAGAAAUUACGUAAAACGAAAAUUGUAUUUAAAAAAAAUAAAUCCUAAAAAUUGACUUAAGCCCUUCUUUCAUUUGGACUAAAUAUAUAUAUAUCUUAUUUUCUCGUAUAUUUAAUAAUAUUAGUUGACGGUCUUUUUUAUCUACUUGGAUAUAUUGAACUGGUUUUGAUAUCUUAUUUCACAUUUCAGUGUUCUUAGUUUAUACAUAAAUAUAAAGCCGUGAUAUAAACGGUAUAUCCUUAUGCAUUUGUUUUAUGCUUUUUUAUCUUGCGUUUUUCACUGUUGCUUUUUUCCGAUUGCCAUUAUGAGUAUUAAUUAUUAUAGUAGCUGUAUUUUCAAUUUCUUUUUUCCGAUAAUCGAUAUAUUUACAGUUUUAAUCGUUAUUAUAUUACCUAUAUUAUAAUACCUCUAAAACGAUGACGCCAGUAUCACUUGUAAACGGUUCGUUUGAAACGGCGUCCUUGGUCAGUCCAAGGUCUCGAAAUAUCGUUUAGGUCUAAGGAGCAAUAAUGAAGGCGACGGAACGGUGAGUAGUACUCGAUCGGCGAGCUACCGAAUCGAAAAAUUCGCCAUUGUGAAACUAAAUAUAAUGUAUAUUUCGGUCAGAGUCUUUGGGAGUACAUAAUAUUAUUAUUCGCAACAUAUUAUUAUACAUAAUAUUCUUACACACGUGCACUAUACAGCGUAUAUUACCCGCGAAAAUUGACUCCUGUAUCUACUCGUUAUGUAAUUUACCUAGUUGCAUUUUGGUAUAAUAUACAUACAUAUAUUAUCUAUAUUAUUUGUUAUUACCCAUUAUUAUUAUUAUAAUUAUUAAUUACAUGACCGUUUUCUUAUCGAUGAAAAUUAUUCUCUUAAGGGCAUCCGGAGAAAUCUGCGUACUAUUAUUUUUUUCUAUUAAUGCAAUAAGUAAUAACGUGUCACGAUGACGAUUUAUUAAAUAAAUAAUAACAAAAUAACUAACCGCAGUAUAUUAUUAUUAUUAUUAUUAUUAUUGCGCCAUUUUUUUACCUGUCGUUCUGUUUAUUUUAUAAUAAUUAUAAACUGUAGUUUCUGAUCCAUAUUGAAGAAGAACGUAUUUAUUUGUAUUAUUAUAGUAUAUUUUAUUAUAUUGAUAGAUUUAGAACGAAGAUGGGAUUAAAUAAAUAGGCACAGUCAAUUUAUCUAUAUACGUUUUCGAUUAGUAUGAGAGUUUUUAUUUUUUUAUAAAUUGAUAAUUAUACAAUAAUUAUUGACAAUAUUUAUAAUAUUAUUGUGAUUAUUUAUCAAAAACAAAAUAAAUCCUAUUAGUGCCUGGGUGUAUUUAAAAAUAAUAAAAUAAUUGACUUGAUUAAUAAUGUGUAAUUUUAAAUACAAUUUGUUAUAUCUAACUGCAGAUUAUGCAACUCAAUAUUGUCGCAGUCGUAUUUAAACUUUAAACGGUUGUAUUGGUUUUUAAUGUUAUUAUGAUAAUUUGUAUUGCGUAGGUUUUCACCUUAGAACGAUACAUUCUAUAGUUAAAUGUUACCAACGUUUCGUGCGGUUAUAUAAAUCACACUAUCGAUUAGUAUUUGAAUUUUUUUCCUACUUGACAUUUUAGAGAACGGUAUUAUAAUAAAGAAAAUUAUACAUCUAUAUGUUAUAUUUUUUAUUUUUAAGUAUUUUAAUAAAAAUCGUAAAAAUCACGUCAUUAAAAAACAUGCUUAAGGCUCAUCUUAGGUUGUAGUUUUUUCGCUCAGAAUUGUAAAAACUACAUUAUAUUAUGUAUAUUAUCUUCCCAAUUUUUCGCCUACAGCAGUGACACACCCAUCAGUAGUAUCAGCUUUUUUUUUUUUUUUUAUUGAUUUUUGGUUUCCCUUGGUUACAUACGGGUAAAAAAGAAUGAAUUUCAUGGUUGUCAUUGCAAGUCACGUGAAGUGGCUUCGCUAGGGUUGUAGGGACGAGAAAAUAAGUAAACUAAAAUUUUUUUUUAUCGAUUUCUGUUUAUUUUUUUGACGACAUAACAUAAUUUGGCAAGGCAAUGUCGUGUAAUGACAGCUAGUAUAUUAUAAUAAAAAUAAUAUCAUCAUUUUAUAUACAAUUUUUUAAACAAAUUUAUUUACAAUAAAAAUAAAGGAGUAAAUUUGGUAGUAUAAAAACAAUAAUAAAUUAAUAAACCGGUCGUGGGAGGUCAUCUGUUGAUUGAUAGAACCCAUUAAGACAGAAUUCAUUUUUUGUUUAAUUUUGUUUAAUUACUAUAUUUGGAUCAUGUUUAGAGCAAAAAUCUAAUGCAGUAAAUUUUGAAUACUUACUAAUGAAUAUAUCUCUAUUUUCAAAUCUUAAAUCGGCGUAUGUCAAGGGAAUGUUAAAAUUUUUAAAGGAAAACUAUGUGCUGUAUAGUAAAAUAUAAUCAAUCGUAUAAAUAAUAUAAACGAGUUGAAUAUAACAAUUAAAAAAAAAUAUUGUUUUUAGAUGAGUUUAUAAUUUAUUUUUUUUCGAAAAGAAAUCAGGUUUUUAAUAGAAUCUCAUUAAAAGGUUUGUUGGAUUAUAUGUUAUGCAACAUUAAGUAAAAAUCCAGUUUUAUUUUUAUCAUGUUAUUAAUUUACAAGGUGUAAACUUAAAAAUAAGAGCUGAUAAAGCUGAUGAGUGCACCACUGUUAUAGGUGGGAAGUUGGGACGGUAAGAUACUUAAAGUUAUUUAAUUUAUGUCUGAAAGCAACGAUAAACCGUUACUAAAGAAAAAGUAUGAGUGUGAAUUCACUUAAGUGAAGUUCGUUUAUACAUGAUUUGAAAGGGUAAGCUAAAUGAAAUUGGCAAUUUUAAUCAAAAUUUUACCUUAAAACCAUUAUAAAGAAAAAAUGUCAAAACUUUUGUUUGUUCAAACAAUUAUAUCCACAUAGGUUCUACCAAAUAAAAACAAUGUAAAAAAACUAGUAAACAUAAAAUUUCGAUUAAUUACUCAAAAAUCGUCAAAAUGUUGAAAAUUUUACCACGUUUAAAAAACGCAAAUUUGAGUUUUCUGUCAAAAUGUCAAGUUUUCACGAAUAUUUUUUAACUGACUUACAACAAGAAAACAAAAUUUAAAAUAACGGAACCAUAAUUUCUAAAAUCUUUCCCGUUUUCUCUACGUGUUUUUCCAGUUUUACUAAAUUUAUAAAAAAAAAACUACACAGAACAUCAUAAAACGACUUUCUUAAUCUUAAUUAAAAAUUCAACACAAAAGGUGUCUUGUGGUUUUUUGAUUAAAUCAAGAUUUCUGAUAGAAAACAAUUCGUACAAAUUUAAAAUAAUGAAUUAUUAAUUAAUAAAUAUUUAUCCUUUUUAAUUUCACAUCUUUUUUGGGUUAUCCCGAUUAUUAUGAAAACUACUUGGAAAAUUAAAUAAUGACUUAGUUGAAAAGUUGUCGAAAUAACAUCAUAGUAAAACCAAUAGAUCCCUUGCUACGCUCUGAAUCUAAAGUAAUAGUAAUUAUUUAUUAGAGUACUGAGUGAUUAUACUACAGGUAUAUGCAUUACUUGUAUAAGUUUACGAAUUAUCAAGUUUUAUUGAAUAUUUUAAUGUUUACAAUAAAUUGUAAUGUGUUGGUUUCCGUUUUAAUAAUAUAUUGUAAAACAAAAAAAACCGAUUAAAUAUUUUUCAAGAUUUAUUUUUUGUUCUUUUUAAGUCACAUAGUUUUAAGUUUAUAAUCUACAUACAGAUAUUUUGAAUUAACCAAACCUUAUUUCGAGAUUGUAACAAAAAAUGUCUAUACUUGAAGUCUGUUUUAAACAAUGUCGGUUAAUAUUCAAAAUCUUUUCAUAAAUAAAUAUCACUUCUUCAAGUUGAUAAAAAAAAAAAUAUAUAUAAAAAAAAGUACUAAUUAUUAAAAUUCGAAUUUGGUAUCAGUAUAAAUUUAAUAUAUACCAAUUAAUCUUAAUAAAUAUGAUUUUUAAUUCAAAAUGUGACCUACCCAUCGUGACUUUUGCUCUUACCUUUGUUUAUAGCAGAUGUGGUUUUCCUAGUUUCCGUGGUUUCAACGGAAUGGGGUUAGUUGGCCCCCAAUAUAUCUAAUAAGAAAACAAAUUAUUGAACAUAACCUCAAAUAUUCCACCAAAAUAAUAUUGGAAGCAAUAUUGGAAUAUUGCUUCUGCCACUUUCAUUCAUUCGUCCAUGUUGGAUUAUAAACCCCGAUUAGUUAUGUAAAAAUACGUCGGAUAGGACAUAGGUCACAGGGUAAAACUUAUUUUGUUUUUUCCAAGGAUUUUGUUAUCUUACACUUCUGUUAUCACGAUGACAAUUUAUUGCCCAAGUCUUGGUAUUAACUUCCUUGGAUCAGUAUCAGGUUUGGACAAGAUUUUUAUGUUUGGAAAUUGGAUUUCAAUUUUCUAGCUAUUAUUUUUUUUUUCACCCGGAGUAGGAGAGUGUCUUCCUCUUUUCUUUUAAUAUUAUAUUAUUCGACCCCAUGGUACAUAAUUUCCAUAUUGUGUGUAGUCUAACUGGUCAUAACUAAAUAAUAAUAUAAAUAUCACUUAAAUUUGAAUUUUACCUAAAGAAAACACAAUGUAUUACAUUUUAGGUACCUACAUUAAUAUUGUAUGCACGUAUUGUUUAUAUGUAUAUAAGAAUUUUUUUACGAAACACAAAUUAUAAUGAAGACAGCGAGUAAUACUCGUGUCAGGAAUAUUAAAUAAGAAUUUCUACUGUCUAUACAUACUUAAAGGAUUUCCGGACUUAAUUUUUUUUUUGCGUACCAACGUUCGAAUAGCGCAUUUUAUUCAUGUGUAAAUUUAAUGCAUUUUUUUUCGUAUUUUGAUUCCUUUACCUAUUUAUUAUAUAAAAAAAGAAGAACAAUGACAAAUUCGACCCAGUUUUGUUGUUCGGUUAGAUUUCUGUCGUUUAGCUGCACGUCAGUGAGCCGCGGCCGAUCAAUCGGGUCAAACCGCUGUAAUAGCUUUUCGGCUUAUAUAUUGAGUAAUUAUUGUUCUCAACGCUACUAAUUUUUACACAGCUCGGUUGCUGCUAUUUUUACUCGAAAUGUAUUUUUACCGAUAUUCGCAGUGAGUAAUAUAUACAGAAACAGUCACGGUGUAUACAUACGUCGCGCGUCGAUUGCGGUGAAUCCGAUGGGAUUUUUUUUACUUCUGUUGUAGGUAUCCCAUCGCCGCCGUAAUGAUUAUUACUUUCUAUCGGGAAAAUAUAUCGAAUUUCGUUUUUCUGCGGCCUAAACCCUAUGCUAUAUUAUAGCUGCAGGUAGCAAUCGCUUAGCGGAAAAUCAUUUCGUUGUAGUAGUAGUAGUAGGCGUUCGUCGCCAACAGUUGGUAUAUAGGUACGACUUUCACGUUCCAGGGUUGAUCAACAACAAUAGCCGAUGAUAAUUGGCAAAUUUCACUGUGUAUAUUUGUAUUCUCAUUCAUGUGACUGACUACUGGUUUCUAUCAAUAGGUAUUUUACAUUUUGCAUUUCUCUGUAUCUCUCUUUGUACUUAUAUCUAUAAACGUUCUCUGUGCGCUAUAACCGAUUUCCACGGUUGCGCAAUUAACGGCACCAAAAUCGUAUCAUCGUUCAGCGAUAUAAGCCUUCAUCCUCGUCCUAUUCAUUUCAAUCCGACUACAGAGCGCGAGAAGUCGAAUUUGUUUUGUCAUUUAUAAUAAUAUUGUCAACUGCGAAAACACGUGUUUAUUUUGUGCACGCUCGAUAUUUUUCUGCUGCGUGUUUAUACGUACUAUAGCCAAACAACAUCGCAUAAAAAACAAAUUACCUUUAAUUACAGUGUGUAGGCAGGUAAAGGGUAAGAGAAUUUGUCUUUCUCCGUCUUAAAUAUUUUUGAAGCUAAACAUUUCUAAUUUUUAUUAAUAAAAAAAUUAAUAUAAAUGUGCUUUUGUAUACAUUUAAAUAAAUCGUUCUAUAUCGCAGCUAUCGUAUAAUGGAAAUAAGGUACUCGACUCUACGCCACUCGACCGGAAUUUUUUUCUAAUUUUUAAUUUUCACGUAUAUAUAAUGACAAUAAUAAUAAUAAUAUAACAAAUAGCUAUAUGGCCGUUUCCUGUACACGAUGUUCGUCAUUAUUGCUACAUCGGCGUCAUCGUCAGUCAAAUGAAACCAACACGCGGCUACUGUUAUAGGUAUAAUAAUACAUCAACUGAUAAAACGACGAUGACAUAAUAAUUCGUACAAAAAGAUUCAAGUGGGUAAAUUCGGUGUAAUUAGGGAAAACUUCGCGGGUUGCGCAAUAUGACCUAUUGUAUGUCCGCGUCCGAAAACCACUGCGCAUUGACGCCUGUGUGUGACAAAACAAAUUUCUCUUUUCCAUCAGAAAAUACCUUAUAUUAUUAAUUUUAUAAUUUACCGAGUGUAUACCUAUUCUAUGUAUUUUUCGUAUACGGUUCGUAUUAUGAUGAUAACCGUAAUUAUUAUAAUAUUGCCGGAGUUCCUGUUUUGGAUUAUUAUUAGUUUUUCUUAUAGGCAUUUUCUAUAUGCAUGCGUAUGUUCUAUAUUUUAGAUGUCGUGACCACUUCAAUCAUCCAUAGCCUUCACACACACCGUAUUAUACUUACUUUUAAAGGUUUUUUUUUUUUUUUUUUGCAAUGAUUUAUCGUUGAAUUUAAUAUUUACAAUUUAGUCAAUUAUAAAAAUAUACCUUUAUUAGUAAUAACAUUACAUGUUUAUAUACGUAUCGUAAAAUAAUAUUUUUUAUUCGAUUUAAUGCGUAUAAAAGUUCGUGAAUAAUCCGAUUAUUAUUAUUAUUAUUAUUUUUUUUUUGGUUAUAAUGCUUAACGAAAUAUCUUUUUGUGAUAUUUCGUUCGCUUCUAGUUUGUAAGUUUUUUUCUUAUUAGUCACCGCAUGAUGUGUACAAGAGUAGCUAGCUCCUCCAUUCAUCGAAUCUAAUUCUUCAAAGAAUAACGUCAAUUACCGUCAGUUACGCGCGACAAUGCCCCCCCUCUCCCCCGGGUUAAUUAUUAUGAUGUUCAUUGUUUUUAUUCCACAAUCCAAGUACAUUGACCCAAGUCACUAUAUUAUAUUGUAUACUCGUAUAUUAUCGCUGUAUAGUCCGUUAGUUGAAUAUUCUGUUUUUAAUGUCUUGAUCAUUUUAGUUCGUAUAAUACGUGAUUUUGUAUUCAGUCGUAUAUGUUAGACGAUAGUAUACCCUCCUGGUAACCCGUUAAAUUAAGCACAAUGUAUAAUAUUAUUAUGAUAACGAAUUUAUUUCGUGAAAAAUAAAUUUUCUAUACUAGUUACCAAAAUGUGUAACGUUUGGUGUUGCUUUUAGGUGUCUAUACACGUUGGUUUUUUUUAAAAAUUGCAUGUAUGUUCAACGUUUAAUAUAUAUACAAAUUAAAUUUUAUUUUAAUAUAUUAACGUCUUCGAACAGCCACCUGUAGGUAAAUAUUCGUUUAAUGUUGUAACCACGUUCUUUAAAUGUCGAUGUUCGCAGUACAAAACAAAUACUAUAAUCUUUAUCGGCUCGUUAAAAUCGUAUAGGUAGGUAAUAUAAUAUUUUGUAAUUCCGAUAGUUAUUAAUUUCUUACUGAUACGAAUAAAACUAAUUAAUACGGGUAAAAUAUUUUCUAUUAGAUUCUAAGCGAGCUGAUAAUUAUUAAUAAUUGCUGUUGAUUAAACAAUUUUAUAUUGUUUUUAGAUCCUGAGCAAUGCGGGGAAUGUAUUGGUUUUACAAUGAUGUUUUUUUUUUAUAUACUGUGUACAAAAUUUCUACCAGAAAUCUUAUUCCAAUUUUAAAAUAUAGCACUUUUUCUGAAAGAAAAGUGGUACUUUAGAAAGGUGAUUUUCCAAGCAGUUUUCAUAAUAAUUGGAGAAAAAACGAGAAAAUUUACAAAAUAAUGCCUUUUUUAUUAUUUUCCUUUUUUUUAUCUUUUUUAUUAUAAUUCAAUUAAAAAUAUUUGUAAGACUUCAAAUUUGAACAGAUAAACUAAAAUUUGGUUUUUCUAGACGCGGUAAAAUUUUUAAAACAUUUGAUUCAUUAUUGAGCUAUUUAUACACAUAAAAUUACUUUUUUUUACAUAAAUUUUAUUCGGUAGGUACUCUGUAGAUAAAAUGUUUAAACCAAACAAAAAUACUUGAAAAUUUAACAGGAGGUUCAUUUUAAGUAGUACUUAGUAGUCAAUGAGAAAAAUUUGAGUAUUUUUUUUUUUACGAGAAUUUUAAUUUGAAAUUUUGACGAAAAUCAUAAAUAUUACGACGUUUUAAAAUAUAUUCAACCAAACUUCGCUCAGAAUCAUUUUUCGUUAGCAAUGAUUUAUCGUUGCAUACAGAUAUACAUUAAAUUCCCCUGUAUAUUCUAUCUUCUCAAUUUCUCACUUACAACAGUGGCCCACCUAUUAUGUGAAUACUUUCCUCUUUUUUGAUUUUAAAAUGAUUUGGAACAAGCACAACAAAUUUAGUAAGUGUAAUUCGUAGUAUAUUCUACAUGCUUAUUUUUAAUUUUUAUACAGAUGGUUUUUUUUAUGGUUAUUUUUCGGUUAUCAUCGUUUAUGACCAGAUAGUUUUGAAAAAAUAGUCGAUCAUUGGAAUAAAUUAUGUAAUUUACCUCUAUACAAAAAUUGAUAUAAUCUUAUCUUACUAUUAUGUAAAUAUUACAUCUAUUUGUUCGCAAAAAUUUCAAAAACUACUGGACCGAUUUUCAAUUUGUUUUAGUUUUAUAGCUUCCUUAUAUUGAUUCGUCAUGCACAUUUUCAUUUUUAUAUUUUUAAAUAUAAAUACCUUCAUAUAUACCUUCAAAAAUAUCUUCGGAAAUUGUAAAUGCGUUAAAUCGUAUUCACACUCUUGCGAUCACUCAGCAAUCUCGGGUUUGAAUUAUUUUGCAUUUUUAAAUUUUACUAUUUAUUUAUGAGUAUGUUUAAUUUUUUUUUUUCCCGACACUUUCUUUACGUUACUGCGGUAGAUAUUAUAGAAUAAUUUUUAUCUAUGUAAUGCAUAUAUUAUAUUAUAUCAAUUUGAAUCCUUCCUUAGAACAUUGUGUUUUGAUAAUAAUUGUAUUAUGUUAAAACUUUAAUACAUAAUUACUGUAAAUAAAUAUUAAUUCAUAAUUACCUACUCAUAAUGUCUUCCUCAUACAAGAAGGAAUCGAUUUCUGGAUAUCUACCAUUUAAGACCAAGGAAGUUUUUAUGAUAUUUUAAUAGUUUGUAGUGCUUGAAAGUCAAGUUUUCAUUAGAUAAGUGGGCAAUUGAACCUCCAAUAAGUACUUUAUAAACGAAUUGUUCUCAGAAUUAUAGGUAUAUUUAGUUUGAUGGCAAUAGUAAUAUAUAACACACUAAAUCAAAUAUGUAUAAAAAUUAAAUUCUGCAUUCUAAAAUCGUUUUUUUAACCAUUUAAUGAUCUGUAGUUUUUUUUUUUAAAAAUAACUGUUUUCAGUUCAAUUAAUAAUUAGAAAAAUUAGGAAGAAGUAUAGUUUAAAUAUUCUUGAUUAUAUUUUUUAUUACAAUUCUGUUAAAAAUAACAGCAGAGAUCUGAGAAUUCUCGUGUAUUAUCCUUUUUUAAACGUGCUAAAAUUGUCUAUACAUUUUUCGAUUUUUAUGCUAUUUGCUCGUAAAAUCAUUGCAUUUCAAAACAUGUGUAACCGAACUUCGCUCAGAAUCGUUUUUCAAUGAUUUAUCGUUGUGUAUAUAUUCAUUUUAACUAUCAAUAUUUGUACGUAUUUGAUCUCUACAAUUGUGAGACUUAAAUAUAAGCAAUCUGAUGAUUACAGUAAAACUAUAAUGUCCAUGUUGUAGUUAUUUGUUGAAGUUCUAGAAAACUAUAAAUCAGUUAGGUUAAAUAUAUGAGUUGAAAUCGGUAUAUUAUAUAGGUCUUUAAUUUUAAUCUUAAUUUGAUUAAAAUGGUCAUCCAAGUAGUUGAACCUAAUUAUUAUACUUAUUCAAAUCGUUAUAUUGUAUAAUAAUAUCAGAUGUUUAUGUAUAAAAACCUAUAGUUAUCUAUAAUCAUAAACUAGUAAAUAAUUUUACGAUUAUUAAUUUAUGUUUUAUAUUUUACAUCAUUAUCGGUACCUAAUCAACUACCGGAUUAUAUUUGGUGUUUAAUGGUCUUGAUUUGUAUGUUAUAUUUGAUUGUAUAAUCGGUUUUUUUUUAUGUUAACAUUAUAUUAUUUCAUCGGCUAUACAAUAUUAAAAAAAUAUAAAUAAAAUGGUAUAAAAAAAUCUCAACAAUUAUUCUUUGUUCUUUUAUUUUUCUUUUCGUAUAAAUUGUGUGCCUACAUUAUCAUUUCUACCAUUACAACUUUUCAAAGAAUCGGGACUUAUAGUUUACACUGCUUUUUCUUGCGAUGUGUCUUGUACAUUUUAUUUUUUCAACAAGUCGGUUAGUAAUGGCAGCCGGUUAUUAACGACUGCUAAUAAUAAUAAUACCUAUACAUAUUAGAAAAUUUCGUUACAAACUCGUAUCUAUAUAUUUUACGUAUAAGUGAUGGCAUUAAUUCGACUACCUAUACUUAGUUUUUAAUUAAAAUCGUAUAUACCCAAAGCACAUAAUAUUAUAAUGUUAAUUUCUAUUUAAAUAAUAUACUAUACGACUGCAACUCGAUUAGACAAUUUCAAAAUUGCACGCGAGAAAGCUGAAUAGCCUCAGGAUUAGAUAAACAGCGUAUACUAAUACUUUACUGUAAGGUAUAAUAACAUUUGACAUCUCAAAACCUUUUGAUUGCAAUCUUUAGUGUACUUUAUAUAUUUAUAUAUGUAGUAAGUUGUAUCUAAAACGUGUUUAGAUGUUAUCCUAUUUACUACAUUGUGUACUGUAAAUGCGUAAUAUUAUUACUGCAGUUGGUAUAAAAAUACAUAUUAAGUAAAAACUCUAUAUAUACAUAUAUGUUCUUAAAUACUUUUUCCUGAAAAUUGCCAACUGCGUGGUAACCCUAUUCUCGUUAUUUUUAUAUUCUAUUAUCACGUAAUUUUUGUGUUUUGUAUUUGAUUUAUAAUAAAAUUAAUAUAAUACCUAUUACUCUAUACGAGUACGAUACUAGAGAAUCCGUAAAAACGUUCAAUUCCGUGUAUAGGUAUACAUUUUCACGUCGAAUAAAAUAUAAUAGAAAGCGCAAAAAUUAGGAUAAUAUAUACCUCGUUUUUUUUUUUAACCAUUACUAAUUCGUUCGGUAUCAAUAAUUGUUCUUAACCGCUUGAAUAGUUUAGGGAAAUGUAUAAAAAUAUACUAUUAAAAAAAAAACGUCUUCCUACUGAUGCAGCGUAACAAGUAAACAUAAAAAUAUGUUUUCAUCACCCGAUAUCAAAUUAAAAUUUGUGUUAUUAAUGUACGAUAUGAAAAAGGUGAAAUAUUUCUUAUGAGUUAAGACACAAUAUUAUAUUAAUAUUAAAUUAAUUACAAAUUACUAGUCGUGUUUUUAUUUUAAAAAUAAUCUUAAAUUUCUUAAUUAAUUGUUGAAGUUUGUUAGGUAUUAAAAAUAAAUAUUUUAUCAAUUUAGUUUUUUAGUUCGGACAUUUUAUUUUCUUCAAAGAAUAACCAGAAAUACAGUUCUUCAUAAAAAAAAAUUUAGUUUAUUAUAUCACCGCAUAAUCGAAUACAUUUUCCGUUACUUAUAUUGACGACUGCGCUUAAAAUAUUUUAAUUUGAUUAUGAUAUUACGAAUAAACUAUUUGUUUCUAGGCUUUGCUUGUAAACGUAUAAAAUACUUAAUAAUAGGAAAAUCUAUUUAUAAAUCAAUAAAAUAUUUCAAUCGUACCUAUAGUUAAAUUAUCAUAUAGUAAUGAAUUAAGUUUUGUGAUCAAAUUUAAAGACUUUGGCCAUGAUCCAGACGUUUCUAUAUUCCAAAAACUAUUAAUUACAGUUUAUUUACGACGAAUUUUUUGAAUCUAAAAAAAUAUACUCGUAUUUUUUGCGCCAAAUUUACGUACAUAACAGUUUCUGCUUUCGUUGUAGUUGUAUUUUUAGUCUCAUUUCGUUAUUAAAUUUGACUGGACGUUGAAUGUCACUUAAAAUUAUAGUUUUAUAACUACAGAUUUUAGAAAUUAAAUAACAGAUCCAUAUAAUACAAAUCGGUAUUUUUAAGGUUUUGAAAUUAUUUACCCAUUGUACGUUUUUGGUUUGGUUUGUUUUUUUUUUUUUUUUUUUUUAAAAAUUGCUCUGUCAACUUAUUUUGUAGUUUAAUGCGAACAAAUGUACCUAUAUCUACUCAAUAAAAUAAAUAUAGCCGAACAGUUGUUUUUAAUUUUUUAAAUAAAUCAUUAAAGUCAAAAUUAUUUGAACACGUGUGUAAACGGUUCCUCAUGACCCUUAUAUAUAAUAUAAAAGCUGACUAGACAUUCAAUUUUUCAUAUUUGAUUUUGAAGUAGAUAAGUUGUGUAAAAUAAUAAUGUAUAAACGAUUAUUUGCGUUUAUUUUAUGUUUUAUCUUAUAUUGUAUACCACUUACAAUUAUAACUAUCGUAUACGGUUCUAUAGAGCUUUUUAACCUUAACCUAUAAAAUAUUAAUGCCAAAACCUUGUUUAUAAUGCAUUUGGUGAAUUAAAAUUGACGUUAUACUAUAUUAUACUUACCUUAGGCGUCUUGAGCAUUUUUUGUCGUCUCGGAUAUAGUUGGGUCAACUCCAAAAAAAUAUAAAUUAGCCACAAACGACUGUUUAUUUUUGUUAAAUACGAUGAUACGUACUAAUUAAAAACUUUUUCUUUAAUUAUAUUAUGUAUUUAGUGGGGUAGUUGGAAAUAUUAGUUUAAAAUUAAGGCGUGUCAAUAAUGCAUAUUAAACCAUGAUAUACUAUAAUAUACCACUAGGUACUUCACCAGGUCCGUGUUUUGAUAACCGAAUUUGAGGUUAUGUUGUAAUAAUUGAUCAUACCUUAUAAUCAUAUAACUAUUUUAUUACUUAUAUUGUUAUGUCGGAGGAGCAAAACGAAGAAAAAAAAUAUUCGUCCAGAAUAUUAUACAUAUAGCAGUCCUUCAGAAUUUGAUUAUAAUUUUUCUCCACCAUUGCGCACCGCAGCGGUGGCGAUACACAGGGCGAUUAUAUCCCACUAUAAUAACGGAUGCCUCCAUGGCAUCAUAUCCAAACUAGAAUAUUAUGAAAUUUACCACUCUUCCCUUAUAUCUACUCCAGUCGAUGUUUCAAACUGUCAAAAUCAUCAACGGUUUUACACGUACAGGAAAAUAUUUUUAGAAAAAUAUUUCCUUUCAAAUCGCAUAUGUUUACUCGAAUAAUAAUUAUCGUAUCGAUUCAUGAUACAACAAACACUCUGUAUGUCUAUAAUAAUAAUACAUUAACGUCGUAUCGACUGUACAACCGGUUUUAUAUAUUGGGUACCUUAUUUCACUCGGGUGGAAACUAGUUGUGUGUGCUGCCGGGUUAGUCCUUGCCAAUGGUUUUUUUAUUUUUUUGCAAAUAUGUGCCGUAGCAACAAUAUUCUUACACUAAUGAUAACAUAUUAUUAUAUAUUGCAUGCUAUACUUGUAGAAUUGGCCCGUUUUUCACAAAAAUCCGUUACUUAUUACGUUGCCCAUAUAUAAUAUAGUUUACUGAAAUAUAUACCUCUAUAUAAUAUGCAGUGUUCGCGUACGAGUAUUUGUACACUAACUAUAUAGAUGUAGGUAUACAUAAAAUACGCGAAUAAUAAUGAAAAAAAAAAAAUCUUCAAGGGAAUAUAUAGGUACCAAUGGACGUGUCUAUCAAAGCAUUUCAAGCACAGCAUAUUAUACAUCCGUUCCGUAUAGGCGGAGUUUAUUGUCGUGUGUAUAAAUCGUAUGGCUAGGUAUAUGAGUGCCACCUGCUGUGUCCGGUGCUGUGAUGUGUAUAUAAAUGGUCCACACACAACAGGAAAUACUCGAAUGCUGUGCACUGCCGCCGCUCCGGUCUUUUAUGAAUAUAAAAAUAUAUAUAUAUUACAAAUAAAAAAAAAGAAAUAGAAAAGGGGGUUGAUGUAGUGUCGUAUCAUAUACCUAUAUAGAGGAGGAGAUCGGUUUCGUGGGAGCCGAUGAGUAGGUACUUUUAUUAUAUGAAAUAACCCGUUUGGUUUUUAUUUCGUCAAGAAAAAUCGCCAUUAAACUGCAGUGAUAUCUGCCUGAUAGUUGCACUUUAUAAAACAAAUAUAUACCAUCAUGUGUUUGCUAAAAUCUCGUUUUUGCUUGUUUGUUUUCCUGUUUGCGAAUUUUCUCCGAAAAUAGAGACUGUUGUGUUGUGUUAUGUUUAUCUUUUUCCCGCUACUUUUGGACUUGGUUUGUAACUCCCUCUGGUUUAUAAAUAAGCGUAAACUUGGAAAUUAGAGUUGUUUUAUUGGUGAAUUGAAGUGAUAAAAGUUGGGUUGUUUAAUAUUAAUUUUACUUGCAUGUUGUUGCGGGAGAAGAGUGUCACUUUUAAUGCCCCUACAGUCCCCUCUAAAUGAUGUUUCAACUUUUAAUACCCACCCUUAAAUUUUUUAUAAUAGUACCUAUUAGAGUUUUAGUAUAUUAUAAAUUAUAAUAUUAUUAUAGCUUUCGGUUACUUAUAGUUUUACAAAAAAUAUUUUUAAAAUUCAAAAUAGGAGGAGGGAAAUUUGACUGUAGUGCGGAGUUCUGUUGCUCACGAGUGAUGCUUUUUCCCAUGAUUUAUUGUUUUGUAAAAUCGUUUAUUUUAUUAAAACUAAGGAGUACUUACGAUCCUACGAUUUGUUUACAAUAGGUAUACUUAUAUAACACUAUAAAAAUGUUAUUAUCACGCGUAGUAUCAUCGCUGCAGAAAUAUAAGAAAACGAACGAACUAAAAUUAUACGUACCUGAUUUUUUCAUUAUUAUUUUUUAAAAAUCAAUUCAAUAACUAAUAUUAUUGUAAUACAUAUAAUAAUAUUAUACCUUUAUUUGUUUUUUAGUAGUAAUUUGUUAUUAAUCCGUUAUAUUAUAAAAAAAGUUUUUUUAUUUUUUUAUUAACACCGUAAACAAUGAACAAUAUUGAAAAUUGUGUACAGAAAAAUAAUAAUUUUAGAGGAGUAAUAAAAAAAAAUAUAUUUAGUAGGUACCGUAUAUAUUUCUCUGUAUUUAUAUAUAUAUAUAUAUUUUUUUUUUAAUAUAGUAUGCAAAAAUUAAUAAUAUAUAUUCGUUAUUUACAGUUAUGUAUAUAAGAUGCGUUUCGGUUUUCUGUUAGAAUAUUUAAAAAAAAGUAUACGCUGCUGUAUAAUAACCUAUAUAAUAUAAUAAUAUUUUAAAUCAAAACUAUAUUACAUAUUAUAAAAAGUCGGACCUAAUAUUUCGUACCAUUUCGUAUGCCAUUGUUGUAGGUAGGAUGUUUGGAAGAUAUAAUAUAUUAUAGGACGAUUUGGUUUAUAAUAUACUAUACUAAAAGCAAUGAUAAAUCAUUACAAUCAAAAACCGAUUUUGAACGAAGAUCAUUAAACUGGUAUGAUUUUAUAGUAUUAGUAGCGUUUUUCCCCCUAUUACCUUCUGGUAAUCCAGAAAUUAAUAAAAAUAUAAGCGACGUAUUGUCGUUAAUUAUUGUUGUUUUUUUAAAUUUUAUACAUAAAACUAUGGCAAUUUAUAGUAUUUUUUGUUUUUUUUGUUUAAAUAAAGUACCUCCGGAUAGAAAUUCUGCAUUUUUUUAAAAAAUAAUUAAGAGCAUUUUUACUGAUAAAGAAAAGUAGUUUCCGUGAAAAAAAAACUCAAAGAAUGGGAUCUAGGGAGUUGAUUGUCGAGUGUUUUGAAACGAUGUUUUCAAGUAAAGUAUCACUAAGAGAAAAUCUUACAUCUUUCAAUUUAUACUGCGUGAAAAAAUCUAAAAGAAAAAAAAUGUAAUUUUUUUUUAUGAAAAAUCUUUUGUUAAUUAAACCGCAUCAAUGAUCGAUGAUGUUUAAAAUAAAAAAUAUCCACUUACAGUUAUACUUUGCACAUUGUGUAACGCUGUUAGAGUAAUUAUAUAUAAUAUAUAAUAUAUUACAUUAAUUAUGUUCGAAUGUCACAAUCGCCAUCGUAUAUCAUUAUAUUUUUCGUGCGAUUUGUAUAACUAAUAAUUAUAUAUAUAUUAUAUUAAAUAUUCUGUAUUUACUGUAAUGAAAUAUAUAACGUAACAUGCGUACAUUACACUGCGCGUGUAAUGAUGAUAAUAGUAAUAUACGAGUAUAAUUCUGCAGUUUUGAUUGCUUGUCAGGAUAAUAUCUGUGGAAUACAUAUUAUAUAUUUUUUUUUUUCUGUUGCGUCGAAAAUUAUUAUUGUACCACGAUUACGAAAUUUUUACCUACGUAUCGGCAGUUUUGUAAAUUAUAUCCGAGUAAAAGUACUCAAUGUAGUGUUCUAAAUUCUAAUUGUUUUUCAUCAUUGAAUACACCAUAAUAAUUAUAACACUUUUUUGAGAUUAUAUAAGCGAAGCUAAGAAUAUAUUGAUAUUACUAUGACGUGAUUGUUUCGUUUCUGUCUGUAAACGAUUUUUCUGCCAGAAAUCAUACGCCGAUUUUCAAGCAUAGUAUCUUUUCUGAAAGAAAAUUGUGUGUAAAUUUGAACGGUACUGAGAGUGAAAAUUAAUCCAUUUUUUACGAGUUUUUUUUUAUUUAUUUGGAAUAUAAUAAUUGGAUUCGGUGAAUGAUAAUGGUAUACCGAAGAGACAAAAGAAGAAUAGUCUAGUGAAAAUGCAUAUAUAAGUUGGAUAUAUUUGUAUAUAGAGAAGAAAAAUGUAUAAGAACUUAAAAAAUCUAAUCAUUUUCUAAAAAGUUAAAAUGUGUAACUAUUUCUUGUCUUCUUGCCUCCCGAACCUUUUAUUUCGUUUUUAAUUUUCUAUGGAAAUUAAAAUGUAGGUAAUAGAUGUUAUACUGAUGUAUUGGCAUUUGAUGUAUAAUAUUUAAAAUAUUUCUUCAAAACUAUUACUCGUACUCGCAUAGUACACCUCGCGCAGUACGUAUACAGUAAGAUAGGCGUGCGUCUUAUAAUAAUUUACUGAAUUUGUCACGAAAGCAAUCGAUUCGCGAAUGUAAAAAAUAUAGUAUGUACUUUUUUUUAUAUCAAUAAACUCGGUCGUAUGUGUUUGUCGCGGAGAUAAUAUUGUGUGUCCCGCGCCAGUAAUAUACGCAUGUAACAUGAUAUAGGAACUGCACGCAUGGCCUGACGAUCAACAUAUAAUAAUAAUAAUAAUAAUAAUAAUAAUAAUCUAUGCCUGUGUGCGGAUCGAAUUUCUUCUUCUCUAGAUACCUAUAUAUAUUAAGACAUAGGUGUAUUAUGAUGACGAUCGCUGUUCGUGAUUUAAAACUCGGCACCUUCUUCUUAUGUAUAGGUUGCAUCCGACCGCAUUAUUAUCAUUAUGCGUUUGUUAUAAUAUCAUGUACUGUACCAUCAUUUCUUCAUAUCAAUCAUGCACGCACGCACACCAUACACACCCCUCGGACUAAAAAAAAAAAAAUAUAAAAAAACAUACACACGAUGUACUGCUGCUGAGUGUAUAUUAUUAUCAUUAUGGUUAUCUAACGGCAUGAUGGCAUUACGUUAUAAUAAUAUUAUUAUUACGUGUACCUAUGUCCCACAUAAUGAUACAAUUAUUGACGAUUAUCUCACACAAAGGGAUCGAAUGAAAACUCUGUUCAGAAGGAUAUAGAACCGGUCUAAUAAUAAUACAAAUUAUAAUAUGAUUAUACCUAUCUGCAUAAUGAAAGUAGAAGAAAUUUAAAUUUUAUGAUAAAAUAGUCAAUCAAAUAUAUGUGAGAUAGAACAGCGAUGUUGUGAUGGAAUCCGUGGGACAUAUAAAAAGACUAUAGUCGCCCGGUCGAAAAUUGUAGGUGUGUACCUCCUUAAGCGUAUAUUGUUUCCUAUUUUAUCCUAUACACCGUAGUCUUAUAUCCAUCACCAUUUACCCUCGUUUACUUUACACGGCCUCAAAUCUUCCAUGUAUACAUGGAAGAUGUAAAUGGUGAUGGAUAAAGGGCUAUGGUGUGAAGAGUAAAGUAGAAAUAAAUAUACCCUUAAGGAGAUUACACAAUUAGCAUUUUUGACUUGGCGUCCGCCAUGUCUCCUUUUGUAUGCCAUAUAUAAAAUAGCUAUGUUUGUAUAACAUGCUUACAUACUAUGGCGUUAUUAGACGCGUUCGAACGAUAAAAUUUAAACACCCAUAUUACUAUGUUUACAUUCACACGAAGCUCGUCGGCCAAUAUUGAAUAUACACUUCUCUCUUUCUCAAAUUGCAAGAAAAAUAUACUUGUGAUGAAAUAUCAUAACAUUUCAAUAUUUUAAAAACCGAGUAGUUCUCAACAACUGACAAAUUUGUCUAAUCCGUAUUUCAAUUGAAUUAAUAUUUUACAUAAUUUUCGAUACAAAAACGUUUAUUCUCGCUGUUUCUGGCUAUUAACUAGAUAAAAUUUCCUUCCAGAAAAGGUUGAAAAUCAGCAAGAUUUCUGGUAGAAAUUUUGUACACAUGCACUUUAAAAUAAUAUAAAUAAAAAAAAAAAAAGUUGUCCUAGGAUAGUGGGGACGGGUGCAGCCACUGUUGUAAAUGGGAAGUUGGGAAGGUAAAAUACAGAAGGAAGUUUAAUUUAUGUCUGUAAGCAACGAUAAACCAUUGCUAACUAAAAACGAUUCUGAGCGGAGUUAUGUUGAUAGUAAAGCUUUGUCAAUAAUAUAUACGUCAUAUUAUGGUAAAAUAAAUAAAUAGAUUAUAUAUUUUCUUUAAUAAUAUUUUUUUAAUAUUGUACCGAUUUUCCCGUUUUUCCACGUUUUUCCCGGUUUUUUUGAUAACUUCUAAGAAAAUUGAAAAAUGGGUUCCCUUUAGUACUUUCCCUGUCAGAUUUCAUUUUAUAAAAGUGCUAUCAUUGUAAAUUAGAGCAAAAUUGCUGGUAGAAUAGUUGUCCACGUAAAAAAAAUUAACAUCUUUGUAAAACUAAUACAUUCCUUGCUUCGCUCAGAAUCUAAAAUAGUUUCGGUUAUGUUAGUUGAGUAACGAAUUGUCACAUAUAGGUAUGAGCAUGGGCAAUAUCGUAAUAGUAUUUGUUUUCCUGCGCGAUAUGUGUUUGUGAUGUUUCCCACGCGUACCCGACGGUUACGCUUCUAGUGUGUACGGAAAUAAAAAUAGCAUUUUUGAUACCAUCGACGCACGUCUUAUCCCUUAACCACUGCGCCGAAAACGUUCGGUGUCAUAUAAUAUUAUUAAAACGUAAAUUUUUGUACUUUUUUUUUUCAGACUUAGCGAAUGCUAUUUCGCCAAUAAAGGUUCGGCGACGGUGCUGUGUUCGCCCAAGUCGCACCACCAACAGGAGCAGCAGCAACAGCCGCAAUUGCGACGUAAAAGGCAACACCACCAUCAUUCACCGCAUCCGCACAGGCAUCAAUCGUUGUCCGCCCCGGCGUCCAGUUGCAGGCUGUCAGCGGGCGAAGACGAAAUGCAGACCCGCGCCAACGACAUACAGGCACACCUGCAAUCCAUGUUCCACAUACUCAGGCCCGACGAUAGCUUGAACAUGGUACGUUAAAAUUAAAUAAUAUCGAAAAUAUAGUAAUUAACCUGUAAACGUCUUAUGUAUAAAAUUGGAGGUCUGUCUGGAUUGUCGCUGCCCAAAAUUUCAACUCGUAUCGUGAUCAUUACUGGCAUAUAAUAAUCAUAAUAAUACACGAGUACGUUAGGUUAGACAACGUAUAUUCAGAAAACAUAAAAUCGUAUGUAAAAUAUAUAGGUAUAUACUUACUAUUAAUCCUUUUACCUAUCACGAUUUUCCAUACAGUCGCGUACAACCUUCACAAGGUGACGAUCGUGGCUUAUUUUCUUAAACGUGCGGCACAAUGACUGCAAUUUUAAAUGGUCGUUCUACGUCGUAUUAUAUUAUCGUUUGUAUUGUGGUCCACGAAGUUUGAAUUAUAAGUACCUUAUACUUUAUAAUAGUUUCACGCUUGUGUCGAGAAAAGUAUGUAUUAUGCUACACUUUCCUUGUUAAUUGACACGUGUCAUCAUCGUAAUUUGUCUACUGAUAUAAAAUUACAAUGUAGUAGGUUUUAGUAUUUUAUUAGGUAAAAUUUUUUUAACUCGUUUAAAACCGACCGUUUUAUAAAAUAUACCCACCCGUUUUCUGUUUUGUUCUCGAAGGGGGGAGGGUUAUUCUCAAUUAAUCAAUCUAAAACGUUUAUCAAUUGAAAAUAAUGAACACAAAUCAAUCGAAAGUCGUGCGAAAUCAGGGGUGGGCUAACACCAAAUUCAGACAAUUUGUUUUAAAACUAUAAAAUUGACCCUGACAUUGAGAUAAAAUUUUUGUUUAAAGAAUUUUACUUCAAAAUAAUGUUAUUGAUAUUGUACAUAGGUAUGAUUAUUGUAUUAGACUGCGUUAAAGCAGUAUUAUUAGGUAUAAUACUGCUUUAACACAGUUUUUUUCCCCUAAUUAAAAACAGUGGCCCCAAUAUAGAAGGGCCAAAGUCAGGCAUUCUAGUCAUUCCGUCCCUGUUUGGGAAAUCAAUCGAAAAUAAAUGUAUAUCAAAUUUCGAUUUAUUUGAGAACAUAGGCCCGCCAUAAAUAGUUUUAUACAAACUAUCUCGGUCCUAUGUAUUUUAAUCAAGAACAAAAAACUAUUAUUAUUUCAAUGACAGAUUACAAAAUCAUAAAACUAUACUCGUUUUAUUGCAUCGUCUAAGUCCGAUAUACAAGUACCAGUAUUAUUAUAGUAAUGACUAGAUUUGUACUAUUAUUUUUUUUUUCAGAAAUAUUGUGCACACAAUUUUUAGUGUAUUAAAUAAUUUUCAUAUAGUUACUCGAUAUUUAUAAACCAUCAUAGGAAAGUUUUUAAAAAUAUUUGUUCAAUUUUAUUAGAUUUUCCGACGACCCAAAAGGUUAAAUUUAGAUGGUCUUUAGAAAUUUUAUAACACGCGGUGCCCCAUCACAUUAACUGGUGAGAAUGAAUGUUUUAUGGCGUAAAUACCUCAAAAAUAAACCAAAAUUGAAAGGGACGUGUGAGAAUAUCAUAUUGUCGGAUUACCAAGAUUAUAUUGUACGAGUAUAUAGAUAGUAAUUUGAAUACUUAAAAAUAUUAAAUACAAUCUUCGCAGUAAAACUUAAUACUUCGUAAACAUUUUUAUUUUAAAUGACUUUUUGUCUAUAGGUAUAAAGAAGUCGUAAAAAUAAUUUAUUUAAAUUAAAUAGCUAUAUAUAAAAUAAAUACUCGCAUAGUAAAUGAAAAUAAAAUGUAUAGCGCCGUUUAAAAAGUAACUCCUAACAGCGGACGAGGGUCACACGUUUCGCUAGAACAACACGAAGAACAAGUUAUCAAUCACAUUAUAUCAUUUUUAAACUUUUUUUUGUGUCAAACCUUGAAUUUGUAUAGCAUUUUUACCAGUACUCAUAUUUUAUAUUUUAACUUUUUAAUCGAUAUUAUAAAUGCUGACAUAUUAUUAUUUUACUGAUGUCCUUGUAUAAUAUUUCUCGAAAUUCGAUGUAUCUAAUAUUAUUAUGCUCGAAAACGUGUUAGCUACAAUACAAGGAGUAUAACGUCGAUUAUCUACUAUAAUAUGUACCUAUAUAAUAUUAUAUUAAUGUACAAAUUAUAGCCAAUUGUCGAUCAUAAAACUCGUGUAUAACCAACAAUGAAUUACAUUUUGCUGGAAGCAAACACAGCGGUGGCGGUGACCGUUGGGGUCAAAAUAGAGUAUUAUAUUAUUAUCAAAACUGUACACAAGGUCGUUUGACUAACACUAACUAGACCGUCCUGGAUAAUAAUUUGGUCAAUUUCUAUUUUUGCACGCGUAUUUUUGCGCCCUGUAGGCCAAGGUGUUUUAAGUGCUUUUCACAUAAACAUAUACAUGUUAUAUUAUUAUUAUUAUUAUUAUAACGAUAAUAAUCGCAGUUGUUUUUGAAGGUCAAAAUAAGAUAAAAAAUAGAAACGGAUCGAUCGGAAACAAUGACCGGGUGUUAAUAUACAUUAUACGAGUUAAUAUCACAACAACGGCUAGUCGUUAAAGCAUGGAAUUCACAAAUCGAUUUUUUUUUUUUUAUAUAGACUUAUUGGAAACUAUUAAUAGAUACUAAGUAUUUAGGUACCUAAUUUAUGGUUGAUAACAAUCCCAUUAUUUUUUCCUUCUACUAGAAUACUUUUAAGUUAUAAUACAAUAUCUAUAAGAGUGUUUGCCUCUCCAGUUUACAACUCUCGAACUUUUUAUCGUUUAAAUCGUUUUUCCACUCCGUCAGUACGUCAUUAUCCGUUGGGUCCUCCUCGAGGUAUUCUUCCUUGGGGUUUUAUUUCCGUUGUUACCGGUUAAAUUCUCUCCUCGUUAAAGAAUGUCGUCCUUCAACAAAAACAUUACCUGUAGCCUAUAUAAAUUUAAAAAUAGUUUGAAUAUUCUCUAUGGGUUUUUUCCCUACUAAAUCUGAUUGACGAUCAUCUGAUCAUCGCUUAGUAUUAUACCUAGGUAUUGUAUUUUACGUAACGCCCACUCGUCGGAUAUAAUAUUAUUAUUAUUAUACAUACGCCCGAUGACACAAAGCUCUCUGAUGUUCGCUGUUAAUUGUUGCAAACAAUACCGAUAUAAUGUUAUAUACUGAACACGAUACGAAACACCCGGAGGGUGUGCCCACACACGGAUUUCUCGUGCUGGGACACAAGCGAUACUCAAACAGAUAUUAUGUAUAUUAUUAUUAUAGACGAGUUGACACAUUAUAUAAAAUAAAACCAACAACAAUUAUUGCUGCUGAGUUCACUUUCACAGACGCGAACCAAGGCCAAGGUUGCAGUUUGGAAAACACACUAAAUUUGCACUACCUAUAUUUGUACAUUAUUUUUAUGGCUUACGAGUCGAGAAAUCUCGAUGGCGGUUAAUCAAUAUAAGUGAGGAUUUUUUUCUAUCUGUAAUUUGUAUACGAGCAGUUUUUACUAUUUUGACGUAUAUACGAAUUAAACACAAUUUUAUUAUUUUUUUCCGUUGUAUAAAACAAGUAAUUAUUUAAUUUACUCCGAAAUACCAAUUAUUUCGAACGAAAUUAUUCUAUUAUCAUCUUUAUUGACUUUUUUGCGUUUGAUUUUUUUUUUUUACAAUAGAAAACCUUAAUAAAACGUACAAGAUACUCGCUAUCGCGUUUCCCCUUUUCCCGUAUAGGAAAACGACGACAAAACACGGUAGCCUGCCUUAUUUUAUUUAUAAUUUAAUCUGAAAUCUCUCUAUAAAAAUAAAUAAAUAUAUAUCCAAUGCAUACAAACUGAGCUAAUACUUUAAAUUCUAUAUUUUCAAGAUGUUAUUAUGUUAUACUUUCACUAUAUAGUAUAUAGUAUAUAAAUUAUAAUUAUUAUAAUUAUUAUUUUAUUCCAAAAAACCGGGGUUAACUGUUUCAAUAUUAUGUUGUAAGUCCCUCGGGGUUUUCGUUAUUAUAAUAUAAUAUAGAGAAAGGGGUAUAAUAUUCUAAACACUAUAAAACAGUUUCUUGAGAAAUAUUUAUCGAUAUUCUGAAAUAUCGAAUGUAUACCGUAUAUGAGUGUUUUAGUGAAAUUAUAAACUCCCGUCCAUAGAUGAAAAUAUAAUAGCCGUGACUUAUUGAAUAUCAAUGUUAUGCAAAUAAUACUAUUUUGAUAACAAACUCGCGUACAUCGUGUCAAUGACACGAAAAUAAUUGUUUUGUAAACACGGUACACACAUACAAUAUAUGCUAGGAGUCUAUAGUUAAUAUAAUUUUUUUAGAUAAUGAACGUAGUGAAAAAUGUGUGUAUUAUGAUGUAUAAUUUUUUUUUACCGUCCGUGUACAAUUUUUCUACCAUAAAUCUCGCUUCAAAUCAAAAAUGACAAGAAAGAAUUUUGUUACAUUUUGGAUCUAAGUAGUGCAUUGAGGAGGUUAUUUUUGAUUUUUGUUUUAUGUUUUUAAUAAUUGGGAAAAAAAACCGGAAAAAAAUUUAUGAAAAUUUAAACGGUUUCAUUAUUUUUGGUUUUUGAAUUUUUAUGAAAACUUGGUUAGAGAUCUGAAAUUUUCACAGACUACUUGUUCAAGCCUUUUAUCAACGUGGUUUUUAAAAAAAUUCUGAUGACUUUUGAAUUAUUUAUAGGUAUUUUAAAUUGGCAAUCACGGAGUUCUAUGUAAGGCGACGUGGUCGCGGUGAUGGUUAGAUUAGUUUAUAAGGUUGUGUGUACGGGUACAUUGAUGGUAGUAGUAUAGAGAGAAUAAUUUGGUCUGUGCUGCUGUUUUACUAAUUCACGAAUUUACGAUUUAUAAAUUAAUUGAUAUGACGUAUUUUUUCGUAAUUUUUUUAAAGAAUUGCUUAACCGAGCUCCGCUCAGAAUCGGGUUAUCGUUAGCAAUGAUUGCAUACAAACAUAAAUUAAAUAACUGUAUCUUACCUUCUCAACUUCUCACCUACAACAGUGGCACAUCCAUCAAUAUUAUCAACUCUUUUUUUUUUGUUUAUAUUUUUUUCUUUUUAAUUGUAUUUAUAAACCUAACCUAUAAUAUUACAUUUUAAUAAAAAUCCAAUGCCAUCAUUUAUGAAAAUAUUAUUUUACUAAUGAAGAUUUUUGUAUGCAUUUUUUUAAUGGUUGGUCAAAAAAAGUAGCUGGUUAUUAACGAAAUGUGUUUCAAUUUUAACGAUUCUGUGUACAAAAAUUAUUUAGUUUGUCUAUUUUAGAGAUUUUGAAUUUUAAGACAUAUUUUAGGGAUUUGUACAUCAUUAGAGCAUAUUUAAGGUUUUCUUACAAUUUUAAGAUUUUUUCUAUGUGAUUUUUGUCAUUGUUUUUAAAAAUAAAAACAUAUUUCGGUCUUUGUUGUACAUAUAAAUAUAUUAUGUAAACUAGUUUUAAUUAACUGAUUUUUAAAUGAUAAAUAUAUUAGUUAAUAAUUAAUUCAUAUAACGCAAUUUAAUAUUACAUUAUUAUAAACGAACAGAUUUUUUUAUUACGAUAACUAACCAAUUAAUACUUUCAGUGAUAAUUAUAUAUGAGUAUGAAUUAUAACAAUAUUGUAUUUUAAUCUAUGUUUGUGCGAGUUCAUAUCUAAAUUACACGAUUUUUACAUUACGGAAUAUCGGAAAAAUAAUAAACAAAACAAAUACAGCAGAGUUUAUUCUGUGAUAUAAUUAUUAAAUCAAAACUCGAUUUAAAGUUAUUAUUUAAGCAAAUAUAAUUAGCGUAUAAUAAUUUUUCUCGAGAUUAUUUUUUUCUUGUGUCACGAGUACCGUUUACAAAGACAAUUUAAAUCGGUUUUAUAAUAAUAUAUGCUGCCCAAGUAUUUAUGUAAUUUUAUUAAUGUGCAUGUUGAUCCGAAGGGAAAAUUAAAAGACUUAAGUGACGGCCGAUUUCGCUCGGUCGAUAAUAAUACGAUAAUGGCGUCUCGUUUUCACCUCUUGACGACUAUAGCCUCCAGGGGUACUGGGACAUAUUAUUAUUUAUCGGUUACUAUUCGUCACUUUGCAUCCGGUGUAUAUACCGAUACUAUUACACUCGUUUAUUUUUUUUUUUUUUGAUAUAACAUAAUAUAAUUUAUCGAUUUAUACACAUACCUACAUAAUAUUAUAUUUUAUCUAUUGUAUUGUAAUCGAAAAAAGUGUAAGAUUAUAUUAUGCAUUUAUGCGUGAUGUAAAUUCGAUAAAUUUGACUUAACAUCAUCAUGCCAUUGAUCAAAAUAUGUACUUCCUUGAACAGCGAUUUGACAAGAUAUUUUCACGACAUUAAAUGAAAUAUGAUCGUAUUAUGUAUGUAUAUUUUUAUUUUGGACCAAAGAAGAGGCCAACUGACUUAACAAAAUUCCGCCUCUACAUUUGUCUGUUCCUAAACCAAUUCUUGAUUUUCGUAAUAAUAUGCAUGUCAUUUGAACUUUUUCUACGUGUAUCGAUUUGGCCGACUGUGGUAUUAAUAAAAAUAAAGUCUAUUUAGUUGUUUUCAUUUGUUGUGCAUUGUAAUUAUGUAAACCAUUCAGACAAAUUCUGGUGUAUAAACGAACAUAAUUAUAUACAUGUAUAUAUAUUAUAAAUUUUUAUAAAUUACGCUGAAAUAUGUUUUUAAAGUCGUUUUAAAUAUUAUUUACCACUUUGGUAGGAAUAUUAAUCUUCAACAAUACGUACUCUCGCUUCGAAUUUAAUAACGUUAAUUUGAAACUUUUGCUGUACAAUUUUAAACUCUAAGUGGAGCGAAGAAGCUUAUGGUUUUUUAAAGAUGUUUAUUUUUUUAUUUAUUUAUUUUUCAUUAUUAAACUGCAGUGAUCGCCAUACAAUGUUUGUGUGUCGAUCAUUACUCGCGUACGAUUUAAUACAAAUAAUUAUAAGACCAACUCCAAUGCCUUUUAUUAUGUUUUUACAGGCAGUUAAGCUGGAAAGCGUGCAUUCGGGCCGUACCAGAUAUUUAGUUGUAGUUUCUUGUUUAAAUGGAAAUAACCAAGAAGAAUCGUGUCUUUUGGGUCUCGAUUGUAACCAGAGGACUACUAUUGGCUUGGUGCUUAGACUUUUAGCAGAUACCACUAUUACGUUGGACGGAGAUGGGUAAUAGCAUAAUUCUAUUAUUAUAAUCAUAAAUAUAUACCUAAACCGUGUGCAUAUUAUUUUUAAUUCUAAUUUUUAUUACUAAUCAAUAAUUUUUUGUUUUUAUAUUUUUUUUUAAUAUUUUCAUAAUUCAUGUUUCAUUCAUCUAACAUAAUUCAAGGAGUUUUGAUAUAAUAAAAAUGUAUUUUUAACUAUAUAUAAAAAAAAUAAUAAUAAUAAUAAUUUACAUAUUAUUUUUCGUUUUUCAGCGGAUUCAGUGUUAGCGUAUGCAGUCGACAUCACAUUUUUAAACCUGUCUCGGUACAAGCCAUGUGGUGAGUAAAUUGGUUUUUAUUAAAAUUUUACAACCGACCUUUAAGAACGUGGUACCCGCAUGUGCUGUUUUCAUCUUAUAAACAUACGGCAUAGCAAAGAAACGAUCAGUGGAGACAAUAAUUUUAAUAUUAAAGUAUAUCUAUUAUCAAUAACCUAAAAAUGAAAACAUUAUCUAUGCAAUAACGUCGGUUUUUCAGCGUUUUAAUUUUUAAUUGAUAUAUAUAGUAUAUAGGUAUGUGAAAUAUCACAAUUUGAAAACAUCUAUGUCUCGUUUAAAAAUUUAAAAGCCGAAAAAAAUUUAGUUGCUUAGAUAGUGUUUUUAUCCUUAAGUUUGAUAAUAAUAUAUCAAAUUCACCCUAAUAUCAUAACUAAUAGCAUAGAGUUGUCCCUUCUGAAUGCUUAUUUGCUUCUAAUUUGUAUCGACAAAUGUUGUGCCUAUAGAAUAAUAAAUAAUAAUCGAACAAUUUUUCCCGAUAUUUCAAGAGGAAGAAAAUUGUUUACACGGACAUUUAAUUAUUACAUAGUACUCGUAUAUAGUAUUAUGAUCUUUCUACCGUAUAGUCAAUCGUUUCACAAGUAGUAACGCAGUAGACCGAUAACAGUAAUAUAAGUAACGCCUGUUGCGUUAUUCACAACGAUUUUCUUACAGCAUUAUAGGUAUUUUUUUUUCUUUUUCAUCUACUCAGUUUUAUAUGCUUAAAAAUUCUAAUUUUCGACGUAUUUUUUAUACCAACUGAACCCUAAAAUGUUUCGGUCUACGUAUCGCUUUGCGAGGCGAUAGCCAUGCAGUGCCGUGACACGGUUCCCAAAUGCAGAAUGAUGGUUAUGUAAUUCGAUCGUGAGACCAGUUUUUAUUAUUUUGCAAUUGUUAUUUUGGUAGCUAAAUGUAGUAUGGUAAAAAUAGCUUCGGCAUACAUGUUUUAAUUUGUAGCAAAACAGCAUGAAACAAAAAAAAAAAAAGUAGUCUAACAUAAUUGUAGGUACCUAAAAACAAAUGUUUUAUUUGAAGAACUUAUAAAUGUCUGCGCAAUAUUCACUGUGAAUUUAGAUUAUUGAUUAUGUAUAGGGAGACAAAUUGAGCAAUACAUAUUAAUUCGUUGAAAAAAAAAAAAAAAAACGAGGAUACAUUAUGUUAAAUUUGUAUGUAACUUAUUAAUAUUUACGCUUGAAAAACGAAUUCGAAAUUAAUUGUAUUCAUAAACAUAUUAUUCUAAUUAUGGAAAAUUAAUUUACAUAUAGACGCUAUCUAAUAUAAUAUAAUAUUUUGAUGUAUUGCCAAAUAUCGUGUAUAGAAUCGGCGGGUUUUUAAUAUAAUCGCUAAAACGCGUUUCUGGAAAAAAUAUUAUAUAAUUUCAGUAUGAAUUCGUAUAAUGUAUUUAUUAUUUGUACAUUCUUAAAUUCAAUUCGUUAAAUACUUUGAAAUUAACCUUCAGAGUAGCAUAACACGAUUUUUCAGCGCAUCUCUUGGCCACAUACGGAUUCUUCCCGUUCUUCGUUUCCACUAAACAACGUUAUAGUUUUAUAAUUUAUAAAUUCUCGAUUACGCGCCCUUUUCUGAGACGCGCUCUUGACCCGGGACAGUCUUACCCGCAAGCCCCAGCCACGGUAGCUCUGUUAACCUUGUACCCAUAGGUAAUAUUGUAUUCGUACAAUAUAAUGUUGUGCGGCAAUAUUUGAAAUGCGUUUUUUUUCUUCUGUUUAUAGUACAAAUAAAUACAUAUAAAACGAGUCAAGUUCAACCGAAUUUCAUGUACAAUUUGUCUAAGUCUAUUAUUACACGACUCGACAUUUCAAUAUUGCCGUAUACCAAAAGUGUUUAUGUAGUUAACUUUGACGAAAUAAUUGUAUUAAGGUUUUUCGAGGGUAAACAGAUAAUUAUUAUUCAAUGUCCUCUUAAUAUACUGUCGAACUUAUUCGUUCGAUCACUAAAAUAUUAUACUCUAAUUUUUAUUAAACGUUUCAUCAUUGUUAAAAAAAAUACUUAUUAGAUAUCGAUGGUUGGCGGUUCGAAAAAUAUAAUACGUGUUUGAUUUAAUAUAAUAUUAUACAAAUACGAGUAACAUGUCAACCGAUUAGAAUAAUUUUCUCACGUGCGUUUAUCACUUUUUAUUAUUUGUUAUUUUCAUCGCGUCGUAGUGCAAUUACUCAAAUCCACUCAACGCUAUUAAACACUAGAUACUCAUAAACCUAUCUUUUUUUUUCUCUCGAGCCAUCAUUAUCAUCAUCAUCAUCAUCGCAUCUGAACUCUUAAGUAGAUGAAAUAAUAAUAUUAAUACACCUACAUAAAAAAAUAAUGAAGUAUCUAUUGCUGCAACGUCACAGACUAAUAGUAACGAUAGUCAUACAUUACAUUACAUUUUGUUACGUCAAUAAAUGAAUCUGUCCAUGCAGCGUUACUGCUCACAAUUAUAAUCGUAAUAAUAUAAUAUUAUUACUUAUAUUAUAUUCUUACCUACCCAAGAACCGCAAAUAUAACAGUAUUAUUUGAUAAUUGUGAUAAUGAAAAUGCUGCGCGGAAAAAGUUUUAAAAUAAUAACAAUAAUAUUAUUAUCCCGAUGUUUAAAAUACUGUUACGCAAUGGCGUUUGUCAUCUCUGUCUAACGAUUUAACGGGACAAUAUAUUUUAUGUAGAUAGCAAAAAUGCGUUCGCGUAAAACAAACAAAAAGUCCUUUAAAAUUGGUUUUAGAAUUGAUAAAACGCACAUUAUGAAAUCAUAGUUGCAGACGACUAUAUUUUGAAGACAAUCUCCCGUCCGUGGCAUCGAUUUACAAUAUGCUCCAAAUAUUCAGCUCAUUGUUAUCGAAAGUAUACAAAGUCGUAUAUUUUACAUUUUUUUUUUUUUUUUUACAUUUUUUUUUAUGUGUAAUUAAUAUUUCAAAAAACGAUAUUGUCUUUAAAAUGUUGACAAAUUUCAAAAUAGGUUUUUGUUAUCCCUAAAACCGAUUUUAAAAGGCUUAUGGUUUGUUUUACGUGAACAAAUUUUCGUGUUUUUGCCGGUUAUUGAAAUAUAAAACCGGGAAAAAUGCCUUGGCCUCUUAAUAGUUUAUUAUUUUCUUGAAUUUAAUGAUACAGGUAUGUAGAUACAGCCAUGUAAGUAUUAAGUAUAAUAUCGUGCCAUUGUGAUGUUAUAAACAUUUUUUCCCGUAUAUUACUUUUACACGACUUAUUAUUUUUUGCUGCAGUAUUAUAAACUAGUAAAAACUCAAGAUCAUAAUAAUACCGUAGUGUUUCUAUACAUUUUUUUUUUAUAAUAUAAUUUAACACGGUGAAAAUAAUUGUUUUUUAUUAUUGUCCGUAUUUUAAAUUAUAUUGCGAACCAAAGCCUGCGUCAAAAAAAUGUUUAGAACUUCACAUCCUGUGAAAUUUUUCCUUAUAAUGGACGAAAAUUUCCGAUCACUUCGUUCGCUGUAAUUAAACGUAUACCACGCUUAAUAUUUAAACGUAACCUAAACCUAUUGAUACUUAUUUUCACCAUCAAACAUAGGUUAUAAAAUAUAACUGCUACAACCGUAAUAUACCUACAUAUUUGGAAAACCAAAUGACAAUAAUUGACGUUCGAUUUAAGGGCGUUUGGCCGUGUUCAUGAUCUUGAAUAAAUUUAUUCCGUCCACAUUAUUACGUUCGAUAAAGACAUUUUUUUUUUUUAAAUAUACAAAGAUAAUAAUGAUAUUAUCAGUUUAUAUCUUUUAAAAAUAAUAAAUAUUGUGUUGCAAUUCACAAUUUUGUGAUACCAUGACAUCUCUUGUAGUUUUUAAAGAAAUGUUAUCUAUCGAGAUAGAUAGUAUAUUUUUGUCUAUUUCGCUGAUGUUACCAUUGUUACCAAACCAUACGUCUUCUCAGUUUACGGCCUUUAACAUCAAACUGACAAACACAUGCUAUGCUAUUUUACCCUAUCUUCCGCUUGGACUCGCCAAUCAGCAUCCGGUUCAACCAACUCCACAUUUUUCGACAACUGGCCCUUUCACCUCAGCCUUGGUCUACCAAGUAGUCUUACGCCUUCUGAAGAGCCACAUAGUACCUUAUGUAUAAGGACUCAUCCUUUCGCCACGCGUGACCAGCCCAAAAGAUUCACCUCUUUCUUAUAUCGUCGACUGUGUUUGGUUUCUGAUAUAGUUCCCUAAUCUCCACACUAUGUCUGACUCUCCACUCUCCUGUAUUUCUAUCUAUGCAAGAGCCAAAAAUCUACCUCAGAAUUUUUAUAUUAAUGUGUAUAACAUGUUGUUUGCCUAAAUUAUUUCUACAGAAAAUAAAUAAAAACGGUUUAUACCAUUAACAAAAUAAAUGGUUCUUAUCAGUAUCAAUAUUUGUAUUUACACGUUUGUAAGCCCCACCUUGUUAUUUUUAAAAUUUUUCUUCUGUCUGGUAUUAUUUCAACGUUUUUAUUGAUAUCAUUAAUAUCAUAUACUGAAACCUACUCGUUUUUACCCAGGGCACCGAAGUCUGAAUUAAAUGUGUUCAUUUUUCCAACGAACGUAAACGUGAACGCGUUCUUUUUAAAUAUUAUGAACGUUAAUACGAACGUGUUUGUUUUAUUGAAUAAAAUUAAUGUGAUCGUGAACAUUUUAAACAUUGGAUUAAUUGGUAAUAUUUUUUAAUAACUGCAUGUUUGCAUAUUAAUAUAUUAAAAAGUUAUAAUACUGAAUAUUUUGUAUAACUUAUAGAAACUGCACGUUUUGUGUGCAGCACGUUAGCAUUACUGGUGUAAUGUAUACAUUGUUUUAUUUUCUUGAAACCAAAUAUUGUUUUGUAUUAUAGUUUUGUUAUAUAUUAAUUAGAAAAACUAAUACAAAAGUCUAGUGGUGAUUAUUAUUUGUUUUGUGUCAACAUAUUAUAAUUCUUCUAAAAUUCCAAUAUCGAUAAAUGCAUGAUUUUAUACUUGAUAUUAUCGCCAUCUAAGCUUUCCGGUUUGCUGUAUGAUAUCAUAUUGAAAUAAUAUUAUCGCGGAGUCUCAUACACAUAUUUCAGAUUUGUUAAUAUAGUUUUUAAUACGUAUUAUGUAUGGUUAAUACGCACUAAUACUGUACGUUAUAGUCAAUGAAUUGAUUCUAUCGUGCAUAGCUUAAAAUAAUAAAAAAAUAGUGUCGCGCUGUUGUGUUGCCCUUAUAUAUUGAGUAUAGCAUGUAAAAUUUUGUUUCCGACUAUUGUGUUUACAGUGUCGUACACUUAUACAAUAAUGUUUUAUAUUAUUAUGAAAUAAAUCAUUGGCCGUUCCAUGCACGUUUUGAAUAAUCGUCAAGCGUAUUUAUCGAACACGAUAUCCUACACAGUUCAAUCGUGUAUUAAUCGGAUACGAUAUACUACACAGUUCAAUCGUAAAUAUUUUCGUAAUUACAUAUAUCUUUUUUUUUCUUUUUUUAAUGAUUUUUUUCUGGGUAUAUAAUUAUUGACCAUAAGUGAAAAUUCAGCUCCCAUCCCGAAAAAUUUAACAGUUUUACUUAAAACCAUAAUUUAAAUUUGUUUCCCCCUCCCUCUCUCCGACAUUCCGGUACGAAAACGAUGUACCUAUAUAUAAAUAUCGAAUUAUUUUAUGGAAAUCAUUAUAUUAAUAUAUAGUAACCACUGUAAGUUAUGCUCAAAUAGUAUAAAUAUUAAAUAUGAUUCACUUGUUACGAUCUCGUAUUACUUAUUCGGUCUCCUUGCGUUUAAAUAUUAGUUUUGUCAUAAUAAUAAUUCGUUACACAAUCGCUUAUUUUUUUUAAUCUAUAUUAUAUGCACCAGUGUAAUACAUUUGGACUUGCAGUGGUUUGUGUACGAUUUAUAGUAAAGAAUUUUCAAAACACGAUAUUUUCAUUAUUAUGAAACUUAUAAUAAUAAUAGGUAGGUACGUCAUGUGUAUUAUAAAUAAGUAUCGAUUCACGGAAUCGUGUUUUACCUAUACUCAAGUUUAACGAACUUUUCUGGUUGGACGAUAACUUUACACGGGUAUUCACUUCCUCUUAUUGUUAUUACUAGGGUAUGAAUUUAAAUGCUCUUAAAAAAAGGGAAAAAUGCCUUAAAAAAUGCUCUAAAAAUUAUUUUAAACGCUGAAAAAACGUUUUUAUUAGGUAUAUAAAUUUAUUAAACACAACAGUGCAAAUAGUGCAAUACGACUACAUUACAACUCGGUAAAUAUAUACCUGAUACAUUUUAAAAAUAGAAGAAUGCAUUUUUUUCUUUUAGGAGGAAAGUAAUAUAAAUUUUAUCAAAUUCUCUAAUAACACUAUGCAGUUCGUAAAAAGAAGAAAAAAAUGCAAAAUUAAAGUUUCAUAUUUUAAUUCUUUGAUAUAUAAAACGAAUCUUGUGCUUAGAAAGCAUUGCUUAAGGCCAUUUAGAAAAAAAUACAAUUUGCAUUAUAGUCCGCACCCUAGUGUUAUUACUUAUAUUUUUUCGAUAUUUUAAAUCCGUAUGCAAUAUUUGUCUUCCCGUCUCAGUUUCCCUAUAAUAUAAACCUCCACAUCUCUUCUAUAUAUGCAACUCUUAACAUUUUUGGUGUGGCUUAUUAUUCUUCUUUUCCCGACGAUAUAUCAUAGCUUUAUCUCAUCAUUUAUCCUUUUCUCAAGUUCAACUUGCGCCCAUAUGUCAGCAUUUCAAUCGUUUCUCUCGCGUCUUUUCUAGUUACUCCUAGAAUAUCUUAUAUGCAGAUUUAUUCAUUCUUACUCCGUUCCUGCAACUGGUCGCAUCCACACAUCCAUCUUAAAACAUACUCAUUUUGAUUGUUUUAAAUAUACCUAAAAUUCAAACGCCUCGAGAUAUUGAUUUGGUUAGAAAAAAAAAAAAACAAUUUUAAACUGCAUCGUAUCCAUUCAACGUUUUCGCGACGAAGAAUAAAUAAUUUAACCUAGGUACUACGGAGAACCGACAUGGCUGCAGCAGUGGUCGUUAUACCUUAUAUGGCACGGUACAUACGUGAUUUCAUCUCUUCGAUAAUAUAUAAUGAUAAUAAUAAUAGUUGUAGUAGUAGUAUUAUAGUUGUAUAGUAAUAGUUAUAAUAACCGCAUCAGUAAUAACGACCAAAGUGUUAGUACGACGACGGCUGCGGCGGUUUGGGGUAUCUGAAUUUAAUCCAUUUAUGGACGUCAAAUACCGUCUUUAUUGCCAGCAGUGUGAAUAUCGCAGGCACGUCCUUCGACUGUCUUGAUUGACAAGUGUUGAUUAUAUAUUUAUUUAUAUAUAUAUAUAUAUAUAUAUAUAUUUUAGAUUACUCGUUAGUGGGUAUUAAUUAGAUUUAUAUUAUCUUUUAAAAUAUUUAUUUUAUUAAUAGUUUUUAAAUAGUCAUAUAAUGAAUUACAGAUAAUCAACUGUUUAUAAUUUUGAAAAAAUAAAAAACAUUAUUUUUGUUGAGAAAUUCUUCAAUAAAUAAAUAACCUGCAGAUGACAGAGUACGCGUAUUAAUUAAAACGGAAAUUAUCCAUGACUAGAAAACGUUGGAACGCUUUCAUCAUUGUAUACAUUCAUUGAUAACCAUAGUUAUUAGCAUAUUUAUUAUUCGUCGUGGGAUGUGUCACGAGUUCUGAUCUCGGGGGUUUUUUUUUUUUUCAAUUUUAUACCCGUGUAACUUACGUGUCAUGAAAUAGUGUGAAUCCAACCAAUAAUACGACUCCGGUCGACAUUAUAUUGCCUAUAUAUUUGGUCCUAGGAAAGAAAACUAUAAUUGACUCGAGUCAAAUUUUGAUAUUAUUUUUAUAAUAUAUUUUGGUCUAAAUGAGAUAGGUUUAUGUAUAUUUUAACAUAUGUUAUACUGAAAAUUAAAAUAUCUAUUUUAAAUUACUAUAAUGGACUUUUUUUGUUUGGUUAAACAAGGCAUUGGUCUUAUUCGUUAUAUUAUAUAAAUUUACUAUUCAAAACCUAUUUUUACCUAAUGCCAUUAUGCCAUUUAGCAAUUCUCAAAAUUUAAUUUACUUGUAUUGAAAACCAUAUAACACUAACUUAAGCCUUCUUCUUCCCUGAGAUCAAAGAUAUUGGUUUCUAAUAAAACGAUGCGAUGAAUACAAAGGUCAUAAUAUAUUUUUUUCGAAAUCGAAUUUUGCCCGCUUUUUACAGUCGCUUCGCUUAUAGUAUGUAAAAACGAUGACGUUGUUUCGGCGCACGAUAUUUUCCAUUUCUUCUAGUCCUGUCCUCGAUUAAACGAUUUUCGAUCAGCUGGAAUGUCGUCGUCGUGACCACUGAAGAUAUGAUGCGCGCGCUCGUGACCGAUCGUCCCCCGCGUUGCACAUUAUAUUAUAUUAUAAGUACUACCCACACGUGCAUUAUGUUCUUAUAGCUAAGUAUUUAUCCGCUUAUACAUUUACCGCUGUACCGUAUGAAUUGUUAUGUAUGUUAUUAUCAUUAUUAUAAUAUAUGGUGCGAGGCCAGCGAUAAUGGACGAGGCCCCGAGUAUUGGACAUUCUGGGUACAAAAGAAAUAAGGUAAAAUAAUGGAAGUAACAGAAAUGAGAACGCGUUAAGAUGGAUAGUGUAGUAACCUGUUGGUUUGAUAGGAUUAGGAACGGUGGUUAAAAUAGGAUAAACUUCGAAGGAGACUAUACUACUCAUUACUAGUGGUCGGAGUUAUAUUCUCUUAAAAUCCUUAAAAUAUGAUGUUUUUAUGUUGUUUAAAAUAUGCUAUAUAUUCUCUUAAAAUAUCAAAUAUAUGAUGUUUUAUGUCCUUAAAAUGGCAAAAUAUUCUUUUAAUAUUCUGAAAAAAAAAAAAAAUUAAUUUGAAUUUUCAGCUUAAAUUAAAUUGUAUUAUUAAUUUGGUUUUCAACAUUUUUAAUUUAUUUUAUUUAUUUCUGAUGUGCUAGCACCAUCGAUUAGAAAUAUCUAUUGAUUAAUUUUUAUUAGAAACCCAGAAGGAUAUAAACAUAGUUCGCUUAUAAAAUAAAUUGUAUUUGUCGAUCAAUAUUAUCAAAACGCCGAUAUACGUCCAUACAAAUAAUAGGAUCAAAACUAAAAAUAUUUAUAAAAUAUUCUCAAAAUCUCAAAUAUUCCCUAACGUAUUAAAUAUUCUCUAAACCCUAAAAUAUGCUUUUUUAUGCAAAAUAAAUAUUUUCCUCGGAAUUCUAUUCUAUUCAAUAUAUUUCAUGAAUCGUAACGAUAUCUUACUCCCAUUUAACUGCAUACACUAGAAACAAAUAAAUAAAAUCAUAAAUAUCCGACCUCUUCUCAUUACUUAUGUUUACCAAAAACAGAUGAGGGACGUUCCCGAGAACUAAACCUAAUUUUUCUAAUUUCCAUUGUUCUUCCAUACACAUUUGUUCAUAAAAAUAUUGUGUUGAUAUAUUUUUAAAAAACUGCACCCCGUCCCCCAAAUAUUAUCUUUCGCAUAUAUGAUGCCCCUGUUCAAUACAAAUAAAACACAAGUAUGAUUAUGUAGUGUCCAAUCGCAGGUAUUCAGUGGCAAUAAUUAUAAAGAGUUUCCGCGUACUUCGAAGACUCAAACUAAAGUGAACGGAUAAUUUUACAUUAAAUAAAAAUGGGGACUCCGUCCUUACCACUUUGGCCGUUGCAGAUUAGGAGUCAACGGCUAGUCGGGAAAUAGUGUAGUGUAUGUAUGGAUCGAGAUGAUGGUACGGGCACGUUUAGAGGAGAUAUAGCCACGUAAGUGUGAUAGGUGUGAUACGCCGCGCCGGGGAAAAGGUCAGCCUGCAAGAAAAAUAGGCUAGAGGUUAUAGUAUGUAUUGUGUAGGUACGGACGGCGCGACGGCGGAGAUAAGAGUUUAGCUGACCCGACUGCUCGCGUGGUUUAAAGGCGAAGGAGAAGAAGAUUAUUGUUACGAAAUUCGUUCGAGCCCGUCUAUAUUAUAUACGUACAUUGUGUACACCCGACGUGGUAGACUCGCGUCAGGAGAGGUUAAUCUCGUGUGUUAUUACCGGCUGGCGUAUCUGCGUGUAUGUGUGAAUGUGUGCCGGCGAUUAUCGUGACUGCGGCCGCGGCACAGUUUUGCCUCGUUCAUAACAACGGACGUUUAUUGUAUAUUAAAGAAAACGAUAAUAUUAUUUGACGCCGCCGCUAAAUAUUCGGAACGACGAGAUUUUCAAACGCCGCCGCCGCCGCCGCCUCCGAGCCGUUUUCGAUUCUCGCCAAUGUAGCACACCGCGAACCAGUUGUUUGCGUGCUCUUUAACCGUCAUCAUUUUGUCGUGUGAUCCGAAAUCAGUUGCGCGACGUUUCACCGACGAUUUUCGAAAUUUUCGAAAAAUAUUGUAUUUUUGCGUUCGUGAUAAAAUCGACCUAUUUGUAUAGGUUUUGGCGACGUAAUUUCGAGAAACCUACAUGUUACUAAUUUAGCGAAUAAACUAAUUUGACGAUAUCGUUUACUGCGAUCGUUUGAUAGCUGAAUACACUUUUCGAUACCCAUGAGGUUUGAUAGAAAUCAGCUAUAAUAAUUAAGAACUACAUUUACUUUUCGGUUGAUCUUCGGUUUUCGGUUACUGGUUAUCCGUCGGCUAUCGGUAAAAUACUGUAUACGGCAAACUAGUCGUUUUCUCAAACCUUUUACCGAAAAUCGCAUAGCCGAAACACGCCUUAAAUUAAUAUAUAUAUAUAUAAAUAGAUGAUGUUAAACGCGUAUGAAAUCCUCUGUCUUCGAUUUUACCGUGUCAGUGUUCUAAUUCUGUGCCAUUACUAUUUGUUUACUUCUGCUUUUCGUUUUUGAGAAAAUUUCACGGUAACACGCAUUUUAAACAAUACAUAAUAUACUUGCUACAAAAGCUUUUGGAAAUAAUCGUCACUAUAUUUUUGGUUUCAAGUCAAUAUUUGGUUUUUUGUUUGUAUUUAAUUUUGUAUCGUGUAAUUUGUUUUCCUUUAUUUUUCAGUCUAAACGACACAAGUGCAUGUAUAUUCUAACCUAUGUUUUACUGAAAGUUGAAAUAUCACCGUGUUAAUAUACACGUUUUGUUUGGCGAAAUGGUAUAAGUCAUUAUAUGUCUAUUAAGCCAUUUAGAACGUCAUAUUUAGGUUAGACCGUUUAGCAUUAAUAUAAUAUUAAAUUAUGGCGUUAAGCAAUUUUCAAAAUUUAAUCCGCUUGUAUUGAAAACUAUACAAAAUUGACUUUGGCUUCUUUUUGCCUGGGACCAAAGAUACAACCGUCAGACAAAUGACCACUGCCCGCGCACCGCAGUCGCCGUUUUCAACUGCUGGCACCGCGCGGGAGGAGGCGUUCGUCGUUCGUAAUAUUUAUCGCGUCGACUUGUGACGGUCGCUCCCGGUCGAAACGACCGCUGGCCAAAAGCCGAAUCGAACGGUUCGUCAAACCCCCGUGACAUAUCGUGCAAUUAUAUUGUUAUUGUGUCGUCCGCGACCCCGCCGCCGCUGUAUCGAGAACGCGUUAAAAUUAGCCGUGAUGUACGCGGACGCGAAUAAAAAUACGAACAGGUGGCGGUUUGUACUUAAAUGGGCCUUUGGCACUGAUCGCGCGUACACUUUGAAAAGGUCAAUUUGAUCGCGGCGUGCGCGCAGCAGUUUGCUCUUGGUAAUCCGACCGCGUCAGACUGCCGUAGGUAUAACGACCGGCGAGGCCGGCCUAUCCGACUAAUCACGCGUUAUCAUAACAUUAUUAUCAUUUUUUUUUUUCGUAAUAAUAUCGCAGUCGUCUGAUGCGUAAUUGUAAUAUUGUACCUCGAAUACUCGUCAACAAAAACACGAUACUAUCGAGGUCACAGUUUUGAAAUAAAAUAAACCGUAUACUUUAUUUUUACAAAAAUACUUAAAACGUUUAAGUACAUAAUAUAGCCUAUACAGGACACAGGUACUUGAUUAACGAUAUGCGAAAAAAAAAACUCGAUAUUUUAUUAUUACUUAUAUUAUUGGUAUAUGAAUCAUAAUAUAUUGUAUUAUUGUAAUUCAAGUAUUAUUGUAAUAAUGAAUGAUAUCAUUCACAAUGAUAUCUAUUCGCGUAAUCUUUACGUCUUUAUACCUUAUUAUUAUUAUUUUUUUUUUUUUUACAUUAUACUCUUCAUAGUAUAAUAUAAUUAGUGUCAUUUUCUUACACAACAGUAUUAUUCUGUUGAAUAUAAUUACGUACAAAUUCGUUUAUCUAUCCGAUUCACAGACGAUUGUGAUUAUUAGACUGCAUAGGCGUCACACCAUAAAAAAAAAAAAAAAAAUUGCUAAAAAUACCAUAAAACACGUUAAUGAAAAAAUAAAUAGGGAAAAAUUCCUGAAAAAUUUAACGUCGAGUGUAUCACUGUUAUGGGUGUAAAGUAGGAAUCAUGCAUAAAGUUGUUUAAUUUAUAUAUCUGUAAGUAAAUAUAAACCAUUGCUAACAAAAAACGAUUCUGAGCAAAAUUAUACAUCUUUUUAAAUCCCGUAGUUUUUACGAUUUCCAUAAAAAUUUGAUCUUAAAAUGCUAAUAAGAAGAAAAACUAGUAAAUUACGACUACACUUUUCGACCACUAUAGUGGUAACUAUUAGUUGUACUCGUAUUUAGUAAGUACAAUUAAUAAUGAACCUUGUGUUAAAUUUUCAAGAAUUUUUGUCACAAUUUUGUUAAUGUAUUAUAAUAAAUAAUUCUGUAAACUUUCGGGUAUAUCUUACGUUUUUUUCUGAUUUCGUCCAAAUAUUGUGAUAACUAAUUGGAAAAUCAAACCUCUACUUUCUUACUCACCUGCUAGAUCCAAAUAAUGAAUCAAAAAAUAAAUUUUUGAUUGGACCAUGAUUUUUGGUAUUUCCUGACUAAAAACACACUUCAUAGUAAAACGAAUACAUUCCUCGUUGCGCUCAGAAUCAAAAACAAAAUUAAAGUUACAAAACGAAGUACACAUUAUUCGAACUAUGUACUAAGAUGCAAGCUUUGCCAUUAACACAUAAUCAUUUAUUCUAUACUCAAAGCCCUAAUAUUAUGGUGCAUAAAUUUAAAUAUUAUUUUCAUAUUUGCAGUAUAUUUUGAAAAGAAAUACAUACCCACGGUUUUUAUAUUGUCAACGUCCUUAUAUAGUAUGCUCAUUUCCUUUUUUAUGUCUUUACUAUUAUAAUUUCCUUUCAUUCGUUCGCUCCCGUAUAUAUUUUAUAUUUUUUUACCAUAUCUGUUAUACAGUUAUAUAAUAUUCGUAUCCGUGUCUUUCGAAAUGUGUGUACAAUAUUUUAAAAACGAAAACCGCCGAGUUCUGAGAUUUGAAAAAUAAACAUGAUUUUUGAAUAUUUGCCAAAGUUAUGAAGUCCCUUGUGCGAUUAAACACGCUACGUAUACAGUUCUUGAAUUGAAACAAAUAAACACAAAUAUUUGUAUAUAAUAUUAUAUUAUAUUCGUGUUCGAUAUCGUGUAGAAUCUAAAAAAAAAACCCCUUUUUUUUAAUCGAAACUCGGCCAUUAAAGUACGAUUAAGUUGGCGCCUGUCGUUUCGUGGGGUGUCUACCAACACUCCCCUUCAAUAUGAGACCACCCUAUGCUAUAUACAUUAGCUUCAACCCUUCUUGGUUUAAUAAUUUACGCGUGUAGAGAGAGGGGGGGUAUUUUUAUGAGUACGUUGACUUUUCCGUCGUAAAAAACCUAAAAUACCAACCAAGCGCUGCAAUUGCCAUGCAGCAAUAUAGACGCAAUUUGUCACAUAGAGUAGGGCUGCUCUCUCGGUAAUAAUCAACGACCGUCGCCGACGACAAUAAUUUGUUAUUAGCGUCGUCGUCUUCGAAUAUACGUAUACUUAUAUUAUCUUAUGUAAGUAUUUCCAAUUUCCCAGACACAAUGAGACGACGAUAUAGUCGUAUGUAUACGUGCGUGGUCGGUUUUCUCUUCCUAUUUUCGAUUACGGGAUUCCAUUUUAGAUGUACUAUUUUCCAUUGUCGGCGUUGUCUACACCGACGAUGUCCGGCCGUGAACGCAAAAACUUUCAGAUAAAAUAUUAUUAUAACAAAUUAGAAAUGUAUGUGUACGCUUUAAAAAAAAAAAAAAAAAACUCUAGUAUAAACUCGUAUAUAAUAUUAUCGAUCCGAUCGGACAACGUGCACAAUUCGUCACGCACUGCACUUGACGCGAUACACGAGGGAAUAUCUAGGCAUAGUUUUUCAGAAGCGUCGUCGUUAGACGCAUUGUUUAAAUAAUAAUAAUAAUAUGUUGAAUCCAUUCGGUACAUUCGUUAUUGUUUGUUGCGUACGUGCCUCGAAAAAUUAUUUUACUAACGAUUGUCGUCGAAUCGUUUAACUGUAUCGUUCUACCGGUGGAAACGAUUCGUUAGCAAUACACACCGGCUAUAUGCCCACUGGUGUCCGGAUUUAAUGUUAUUAUUUUUAUUCGUAAAUCAUCAUAUUACAUAAUCAUUGUACCGAUGUAUUGUCUGUGUUGUCGAUUGAUCGUUUGUUUCGCGCAUCUGCAUAAAUUACAUAUACUUUGGAUAUUGGAAAAAAAAAAAAACAAAAGGAAAAGAAAGUCGUUUUAAAAAUUUAAUCCCGUAUAUCGUUUAACGGUACAGUCAUCGCUGAAAAUCAUACGACCAGAACGAAUAAAAUACUCCGUCGGUGUAUAUACGUACAAUACAAACUGCUGUAUAAUAAUCAUUUUUCUCGGUUUUUUUUUUUUUUUUUUUUCCGGGAUAUUUAUUUUGUUUAGUAUCUAUGUCAAAACAUUCGAGAAACAUUAUUGUAUAAGUUAAAUCUGCAACGACACGGUGGCCGCUCCAUUUAAAAACAAAAUAUUAUAAUAGUGAAAAUUCGGUAUGCGCGUAUUAUACAAAUUAUCUCGGUCAGUUUUCGCCGUCAUACUAUUAUUCCAUAACCGAUAUUAUGUCCGUAAUAAUAAUAUACGAACCAGCGAUUAUCUGUAGGCGUGUUUUGGCGAGUUAAUUUUCUGUAAACCGUAUGCAACAUUAGGCGUGUUUUGGCGGUAUUUUUUUUAUUGAAACCGUUUGACAACGGAAUCGCACUUUUCGACAACCAGGUUGCCGGAAUCAGCAAUCAAUUUAAAACUACGUUUAUAGUUUUCGGUUACUGUUUAUACCUUGGUAAAGCACUGUACAGUUAACAAAACGGUCGUAACCAAGUAGCAAACAAUACAGCUAACUGUUUACCGAAAACUGUAUCGACAAAACAAGCAUAUAUUGUUUGCUGCUUUGUUGCAAUGGUCCACACGUAUUUCUCUUAGUGAGGCCUAGUAAUCUUUUGGCAAAUGAAGAACAAAUAAAAAUAGUGUUAGGUUAGUAACCUGCUUACUAACUUAACGUUUUUAUUUUUCGUUCAGAUAUUGUAAAAUCAAUUAAUGAUACAAUUAACAAUAAUCUAUUUAUCUAAGUUUUCUGUACGCUAAAAACAUACUUUUAAGGAACAACUCAUCCAACCUCGUAGAAUGAUUUUUCUUUUUACAAUAAAGGACAAUUUCUUACACAAUACAUUGAACUUGGAUUUUCAAAAUUAUGUUUCUAAACGCUAUAAUUACAAUUUGAAUACUACAAAUAUUAAUAAUUUUUCAAUUAUUCUUUUUAUUCAUUGUUUCUGGUAAAAUAAUCAAAAAUCGAAGUCCAAUACGCCCGGUUUAGGAAGUUUUUUUCUCUUUCGCAUAGAAAAUAAAAAUUAUGGUAAUCAGAUCACUCCGCGAGGUACGGCAGUUUUUCCUGUAAAUUAUGUGUAAUAUGUAAAAAAAAAAUGAAACCGUUCGUAUAGGCUCGUAUUAAUAUAAAAACUAAAACCAAUUGAAUCAUUUGUUAUGGAAUCCGGUACCAACACGAUUUUCGUCUUAAAAACAUGACUUAUGGAAAAUACUUUCUAGUUGUUUUAUAAUCGAAUUGUUCCUAAGGUACAUGCUGAUUUUCAGUCGGACCUUAUGCAUGCAUUUUAAGCCAUGCCACGCGAAUCCCUCCUGUCCCUGCCUACAAUCCGCUUUUUUGUUCCAACGUUUUAAUAUCGGUACGCGAAAUCAAAUGCGAGUUUUAGAAUGUUGUUGUUUAUUAGUUGAGAAAUAAAUGGGGUGUAUACAAAUACUAAAUCGGCAAUGACAGUUAUCGUUAUUCCCGCGAUGAAGUCAUUUGUGUUCGUAAAACUGACCGGUCCUUCCCCCCGAACGGGUUAAAUAGAGCUGCAGAUUAGCGGAAAAUGAAAAACAAAUCCGGAAAACCGAAUCAACCUUCGAGGGACCGUUAAGUUUAAUGACCGUUUGAGAGACCAUUAUGCGGACGAUUCGUAAAAAGCCGCGAGCGGCGGAAUUCUCGAGGAAAAUAUUAUGAUAAACGUGUUAUCGCUUUCGGAGGCGCAUUAGACCGUUAUUGCGAUUGGACGAUGAAAUCGAAUCACGUCCAAUGCGCAAUGUCCCGAAUAAAACCCGCUAAAGGAGCGACGGGCUCGGGAUUAUAUACGAAAUAUUGCGAUCCGGGCCCCGCCCCCUAACGGACCCCGGCCGUGAUUAUUUCGUCGCCCAACGUCCGCGCGCACAACAAUGUACCGUCGCACGGCCGUUCCGAGUGACGGGCGCCAAAAGUGUCGCGCCCGCACAAAUGUGCGGCACCACCGGCGAACCCGUUCGAAUCCGAAUUAAACGCGCCGUAACGCGCCCCGCGCGUCAAUCGUUUCGCGUCGCGAUCGGCCCGCAGCCGGGGUCUCGGUCGUCUGCCGCCCCCUCGGCGCCGCCGGGGGACCGGCGGUUCCGCGAGGCUCGCGCCAUCCGCCAACCGCGCGCGCUCGUGCGCUGCCGGCGCACGUCGUACGCAAUGUUUUUACCGCAACAGUGCAAUAACGUUCUCGGUAUAAAAACGCGCGAUUUCGCGCGUCGCAGCCAGUCCAUUGCCAGCAGCGUACAAUAUUACAGCGUGCUAUGCACCGGCCCCCUUAUAAUAUCGUAUCCGUCCGUCUAUAUUUCUCUCCGCGUCUCUCUGUUGUCGGGCGACGCGAGGAAAUUGACAGACCCGCGCGCGAACGAUCAUAAUAACAGUAAUAAUAAUAUACGCGCGCGCGCGCCCGUUUAUGGCCACGAGCCAAUUCGGAAAGAGACGUCACCACUAUAGCCGCCGCUUUCUCCGCGUAGCCGCUCGUUAUUGUAUCGCGACCCGCACAAGUGGGUUUUUAUUUUGUUCGUCGUCGGGCCCCCCUUCCCCCCUCCCCCCCCGUACACGCGGCCCGUAAUGGUGUACGCGUGAAAAUAAAACUAGCGUUUUUCUAGUCUUCCCGCGAUACGAGUAUAAUAACAAUAACAAUACGAGCGUCUGCGCAGAGCGGGCAGGAUGAAAGCUGUUUUAUUCAAAUGUAACUGGCCGCGGUGGCGACGACGACGACGACGGGUUGAUGAAUAUUACACGGUGCCUUUUUUUCUUUCCGUCUCCGAUGAUUUACGAUAUUUUGACGAUUCUUCUGUUGUUGGUUUUUUGUCGUUCGGUUUUUUCGGUACCCGUGCCGCGUAAGGCGUACACAGGCAUACGUUAUACGGGUACAUGCCAUUGCUGGUUUUCAUUCGGCGUCACCGUGAAAACAAUGGCGGAAAUCGUUACAACGACUACGUCUACGGUGCGGGCCGUACGGGCCAAACACUUUCAUAUUAUUAUAAUAACGCAUGCAGACUCCGAUUGUUUUUGACGUUAAAAAGAAAGCACUUGACAUAAUAUCUCGUUUGUUUGUUUGGUUUUUUUUUUUUUUAGUGCUUUGCAUCAUCGGCAAAUAAUGUGAAUACUGCACGCGACAAUGCUUGGCGAAAAAAAAAAUUAAAACAAUUAUUAUUAUACAGUAUACUCGUUUGUAUUUGUUUGUACAAUAUUAUUUGCCCGCGUGUAUUGAACGAAAACAUAAUAAAUAAUAAUAAUAAUAAUAAAAAAAAAAAAAAAAAAAAAAAUGCACUUAACGAACGUAUAAAUUCUCGAAAAACGCAUAUUAUAUCCGACCUUGAAGAAACGGACAAACUACGUUAUUUUAGUUUGUAGGUACAUUUAUAUUUUUUCUGUCUGUAACCGCCGUACAGAGCGUCCCGUGUUUGUUAUUAUUAAACAGGUAGGUAGUUCGGUUUUUGCAUAUAAUUACCGACGAGCGUGUUAUUUUGUUGCGCAAUAUUUUGAUAUUUACCUACACCUAUUUCGAAUAACACCCGCUCUUACCGACUGUAUUAUUGCAGUAAAUACGUAAAACUCGUUUUUUCGGUUAAUAUAUUUUCGCGGCGUUUAAAAGGUUUUAGACAGGUUACGGCUUAUAACGUUGGAUUAUUAUAUUAAUACACCAAGCAGACAUAAUUUACAUUUUGGUCCGCAUGUUUAGUUGGGAAGUCACGUGGUUGUAAGUCGGGUACGUCUCGUGUAUAUAUCGUAUAGAAUGUACUGCAUUAAAAGCAAUGCGAUUGAAUUCGUAAAAUGAUUUCGAGUCGGAGAUAGUAAAAAAAAAAAAAAAACAGUUACCUGCUACUCACAAAUUGAAUUAAUAAAAUACAUAAACCUGACUGUGCGUACGAAGUACAAAUUCGAAAAUGAUGACCGCACUGACCAUUGUAUACAGUUAAAUUUAACCUAUAACAGACGUUACUAGACUUCCGCAGCGGCAGCUUAGCUAAUGACCGGCGCUACCUUAAUAAACCAAUAAACCGAAGAAAACCCGUUAAACACAAAACCGUAUUUUUAAAAGGGGAGGGAUAAGUCCUCUCAGUGAAAUUUUUAAAAAAAAGUCUUGAGUACUUCGUAAACGAAACUCCUAACAUAAUAUUUAUUUGAUAAUCUAUGAUUAUUACGCACUGUUUGUAAUGUGUACCUUAAACUUUUGUCGAUACUAUUUUACCCUAAAAUAUGUAUUAAUAUUAUAUUUGUAUAGUUUACUAUUAUCACAUUGUAUGCCAAACGAAUAAAUAAAUACAAAUAUUAUUAUUGAUAAAAUCAAUACAUUGGUAGGAGUGUUUUGCAUUUUCUAAUCUGUAUAGAGGGGCUGGAAGUAACUUUUGAACAAAAUUUAAUACCUCAAAAAGUGUCACCAGACAUAAAAUUAACAUCACAACUAAUAGAUCCUUCUCUUAGAAUAGAUCAUCGUCGUUUUCAUUGUUUAAUUUAAAAAAAAGGCUUUUAUACUGUGACAAGAUUUAGCAAUUUGAAUUAAUUUAACUUUUUGUGCGUCUAACACAUGUGUCUGCAUGUUUAAGAAUUUAGAGUUGUUGAUAAUAUAAUUUAACAAAACCAAUAAUUUUCCAAUACUAGAGGUGAACCUUACCGUCGUCCGUUUAUAAUAUAGGUCUUUUCGAAGUCUGAUGGGGUCGACACCACCACUCAACGCAAAGUCUAUGAAUCGUACACUACGAUAAUUAUUCGCCGUCAAUAGUUUUAAAAUUAAUUCAUAUAAACAGUAAAAUCCACAUAAAUAUUAUAUUGCGAUAACGAUAAUAAUUAUAAAUGGUCAGAGCCUAAUGUUUUUUGAACAUAUCUUUAUAAAAACACUUAAAAGACAUUAUUUUUUUAAAAUAAAAGUUGUAAUUUAUUUGUCUUACAACGCGAAUUUACCGGUGCCUUAAAAAAUUGCAGUGGCUGCUCAUAUACCACAGGUACCCAAGAUGGUAUAAAAUAAAAAUAAAACAAAUGUAAUAUAGUUUUUUUUUUUUUUUUUGAAAUCGAAUUUUGUCGAAAAUCCUAAAUUUCACUUCCUUUUAAAACAUGUGUAAUCAAACUUCACUUUGAAUCGUUUUUCAUUAAAAAAUUAACUUAUUAUCAUGAUUAAUUACUGUAGUAUUGGUACUGAAAAACAAUGCUAUUUCAUCUAAAUUAUUUUUUUAUUGAUUUUUAAUACGUGCAAUUUUGAUACAAUACAUAUACCUAUUUGCUUUUUUUAACAUCGACUUAUUACCUUGUAAUAACUUGUACUAAUGUCUACUAAUGACAUGUGUACUUAUGUCGUGUACCUAAUACUUAGCUACUUAUGAUUGUUUUUAGUUUUGAAAAAUCGAAAUAGAAAUCGGUUUCGAUACAAGAAGGUCACUGCCUAAAAUAGGAGGCAAUUCGAGUGAAUGAUAUUUUUGAAAUCGGGAGACGAUUCGAGUAACCUUUUUAAAAAAAAUUCACGGGAGGCAAUUCGUGUGCGCCCAUAGAUUAAAUAACUUUCCCACCUCUAUCCUACCUUUCCAACUACUCACCUACAACAGUGACCGCACCCGUCCUCAGUAUUAGGUCUUUUUAUUUUUAAAUUUAUCAUUUUUAUAGUAAUUUAAGUAAAAGCGGUCGCGUCGAAAACAAUUUUUUUUAAUAUUAUACUGUCAUGUUCAUUCCAGGUCGGCUCUUCAAUCCUUACACCGGGUUAGCGCUCAAGCUCGGGAACAUAACUUUUUCGAAGGUGGUUUAACCCACGAUUGGAUAACGCAUUAUGAAAAACAAAUCUCCUCCGACCAAUCGUGUUUGAACGAGUGGAACGCAAUGGAUUCAAUCGAGUCACGUCGUCCCCCGUCGCCCGAUUCGCUGAGGACAAAGUAAGUCGUACAAAUCUUAGGCGAAAUUGAUCUCGGUAGGUCUAAUAUACGCCGUAACUUUUGAAUAAUUCAGUUGAUUGGAUUUGCAUUCAAUGUCGAUAAAAUAGUUCGGGACGUGAAAUAAAAUAAUACUCGCGGAAACAAAUUUGUGUAGACACAACGUAACCAUUUCGUUAUACACCUUCUUAAUGAAUUAUAGUUUGCUGAGUGUCUCGAGUUUCAAUAUUUUAAAGGCAUUUUCAACAAAACAAAUAUUUUCUCUACACGAAUUUUUAAAGUUACUUACAUAUAUUUUGUUUUUAAUUCUAUUCAUUAUUUUUGUAGACCCAGUGAACGCGAAGAAACCGAACGCGUAAUACGCAGUGCCCUAAAAGAAAUCAUGAUGAGCGUGGACUUGGACGAAGUGACUUCUAAGUUCAUCAGGGGCCGGUUGGAGGAAACGUUAGACAUGGAUUUAGGUGAAUACAAACCGUUCAUCGACCAAGAGAUGCUCACCGUAUUGGGUCAAAUGGACGCAGCCACCCAAAUAUUCCCACAUGUUUACUUAGGUUCCGAAUGGAAUGCGUCGAACCUAGAGGAACUCAACCGAAACGGGUUAGUGUAAAUCAAUAUUUUAAAGCUAUUUUUGUGGGUUUAAAUUUGAUUUGAUUUUUUUUGCAGCGUACGACACAUAUUGAACGUGACCAGAGAAAUCGACAAUUUUUUCCCUGGCUCGUUCAACUAUCUCAACGUUAGGGUAUACGAUGACGAUAAGACUGAUCUACUAAAACACUGGGACAACACGUUUAAAUACAUUACAAAAGCCGAGUAUGCAUAAUACAAGAAAUCGUAAACCUGUUGAACUAAUCGAUUUUUUUCAAUUUUAAUUUCAGACAAGAAGGCUCUAAAGUUCUAGUGCAUUGCAAGAUGGGCGUUAGUCGAUCUGCUAGUGUUGUAAUAGCGUACGCCAUGAAAGCGUACAACUGGUCUUUCAAAAAAGCUUUUGAACACGUUCAGUCGAAACGCACUUGCAUUAAACCCAACAAGCAUUUCAUCCUACAACUAGAAACUUAUCAAGGUAUUUUAGCUGCUAUGAAAAAUCGCGAGAAAUUACAACGAUCCAAAUCCGAGACAAACCUAGUAGCCACGUCGGGUCUUAUCACUCCUCCGAAUUCACCAAAAAAACCUUUGGACACUCCAAGGUCGCAAAGCGAAGGCGAUAAAGACGCUACACCGUCAGACCGGUUGGAUAAAGAAAAUGAACCGAUUGUGUCCAGUACGCCGGAACGGCUAAUGCCGCCAAAGUUGGACAUUAGUGGAUAUGAUCUUAUGAAAUCUGGCGGCAGACCGAAAUCAUGGUCACCGGAAAAUAGUUUUGCUUCCGACAUUUUAACCAAUUCAAGUAAGCCAGUUAAUUAUUUAUCGUACUUGCAGAUAGUAUUUUUACUCUCCCAAUAAUUUAACAAUAUUAAAGAUUUUUAAUCUCCUAAAUUUCCAAACCAUCAUAAUUAUCUCGAAAAUUGUUUUUCAAAAAAAAAAAAAUAAUAAUAAUGAAACGUACAUUAUUGAACUGUCAUCCGAACUAAAUAAUUUGUUCGUUCGUAGUUACCUAAUUAGGUACAGUAGUUCUUACAAAUUAUCUGAAAUACAACAUAUUGAACAUAUUUGUAUUAUUUAUUAUAGUAUUUUAUUGUAUUCAUAGUAAUUUUGAUAAAAUGACAAACGUCUAUUCCACUGUUAUAAAACUAUAUAUUAGAUAGUCAUGCCUACAUUUCCCGGUGCAAUUUGAAAUAAAUUGUUUUAUUUUGUUUUUUUGUUUUUAAAAAUCUAUUAACAAUACAAUAACUAUUUAAGAAAUACUGAAUCUAUAAAACGAAUAAUUUGUUUAAUAGUCAACAAAACAGACUGUCAUUAGGAAUAUUUUAAUGUAUAGAACUACAUUAUCAUCCGUUUUAAAGUGCUUUUAACAAUAUUGGUCAAUGUUAAAAAAACAAAAUGAAGGUUAUUAAAUAUAAGUUAUUGUUAUUCAAAAUGUAGAAUAAUCAACUACGGGCAUAUAAAUUAUACAACUAUUUGUAUGCUAUUAUAUUUUCAGCUUUAUUGUCUCAAUCGUUGGAGAAAAUAAAUAUGGAAAAAGUCUCUGUCGAAGUCGAAGUAGAAGUUCCAAAUAUUCCGCCAGCCCCGCCACUGCCGCCCUUCGAAUUCCACAAGUACAAUGUUAGUGUGUUUAUGCCCUGUGGCAAUGGACUGCGGUCAUACAGUGUGUCGCAGAAUAAAAUCGUUCAGCUACAACCUACACCACCACCUCCGAGGUAAAGUGACUUGCUCAUCGUAAAUAUAAUAUGAGUAUAUUAUGACACACACAAUAUCACCAUCAUGUGUAUCAUACAGAGAAUGUAGUAAUCAUAUUUUUUAUCAUACUUAAAGGGAACGAAUCUUUAACAUCUCUCUCACUUUAUUCUACCACAAUUGGACAACACUUUUUAUGCCGCCCAUUACACUUAUCGAUCACCGAACUCGUAACCAAGGGGGUUCAUGGAGUCCCCUUUCCCGAAAUUUAAGCUUCCCAUCUAAAAAUCAAAUUAUCGAUACAAUAAUUGAUUAUCGGUGACGAAUUUUAUGUUUGGACCCCACUUUCUCCCCCACCCGAAAAAAAUCCUGGUUACAUACCUGUCCAUUUCCAUUUCCUCGUCUAUUUCACAAGUUAUCUCCCCUAUAAUAACCUCUUGUCACAUUUUUAUUUGGUUUACCACUUACCCGACUUCCACAUCCAUACUUAUUUCAUAUAAGCUUUAUACCUACAAUUUACCUUUUAUUCUUAUUAUGGAAUUUUUUCAUUACGCAACAUUCAAACAGUGACAACUUGGAAAGCCACUUCAUUUAGUCGCACAUAAUUGGUACAAAUACUUAAACUUAUUAACUCAAAUUAUAAUUAGCCUUCUGGCUAACAUUGGUAUGGCUAACUCUAACAAAUUCUGUAUAACAUAGGUUAUUAUUAUUUAUUGUUGCAGACCGUCGUCGGUUAAACUUCGAGUUAACGAAUUGGAGUCCAGCAGCAGUAGCACUAGUAGCAGCGGUACCGGUGGCAUUAAUGGGUGCACUUCUAGUCCGGAUCGCAAGUCUACGGUGGAUUCUAGCCGAAAUCUGGUGUUGAAUCUCACCACCCAGUUCGAAGGCGUAGUGGCUUCGUCAAGCGCUGCCAAUUCUCCUUCAGACGAUAUUCUAGUCAAACUUCCGCAGGCAGAAUCUCCUAAGUUCAGCCGGAUAGCGGUCAACAAGCCGCCGCCGAUGACGGUCGUCUGCACCACGACAAACGUCGUUUGUCCGAAACGAGACAUCAGUGACUUGUUCUCGUCUCGAUUGGACCGAGUAUUCGAACGUGAGGAGCGCAAACAGUCACGCGAACCACACGAUCCAGUCGCAGUGUGCAGCGAUGUAUCCCGGCAGAACUCAUGGAGUUCGUACGACAGCGCCGUCGUGCUCCGGGACGUAAUAUCCAGACACAGUUCUUGGGGCUCCUGUGACACGCGUACCUUACCAUCCAGGAACAGUUCGUGGGGGUCGUAUGAUGUCCAUGUACGACCAACCAUGCAAUAUGUCAGUGAAAGAGGCGAGAGACCUGCAGUUGUAACCGAGUCGUCAGCAGCGGUUGUAAAAAUAUCAGACGAAGCCACGGCGAGUUAUCAUCAUGCGAAAAAGUCAAAACAAAAGGAUGAUCACCAACAAAAGCUACUGUUGCCUCACUGUUAUUCGAGUUCACCGACCCUAGGGCAAGGCGCCUCGCUCAAGUUGGCCAGUCGGGCGACGGCGUCCCAGCCGAACAUAUCUGGUCUAGGCAAUAGUUGCAGCAGCAGCAAUAACAACAACUGUAAUAACACAAAACAGAGCAGUCUGGUCAAGAGCCUUAAAGAGGAGUUCGAAGCUAAAGCCAGUGAUACAAUUGAAAAACAGCAGUGGAAAACUGGUUCUGGUGGUAAUGUCGCCGAGGAUGAUAGCUCCAGUAGUAGUGAACACGUCAAAAGCCUGCCCACUUCACCCGUCAGUGAACAUCCCAAAGUGACGCAACGGCCCAGCCCUGCCGCGUCCAUGGAAGACUUAUCAGUGAGGAAGUUGGUCGGAAAGUACGAAAAUGGUAGGGCUCGAUCAAAGACAUUUGUUCAGGAUAGUGGUUGUCCCCGCAAACCGCAACAGCUGCAGUUACAGCAAUCACCAGUGCCUCCUAGUAGAUUAUCCAGUCUAGACGCCACCUUAAUUGGACCCCGAAAGUUCACUAAGUUUGAAUGUAACAAUCCGGUCGUUAAAACGGUUGUAUUACCCUUACAGCAGAGCGAUAUUCGCGCGUCUGUCAAUCGAGCAGCUAACAAUAAAUUGCAGCAGGGAAAAUCACAUCCGCUGACAAAAUUAUCGUUUAAACAGCUGAAGGUCAACAGUACUGUUUACAACAGUAUGUGAAAGUUAUAACAAUUUGUAUAAGUUUAAUAAGACCAAAAAAAAACAAAACAAAAAAAUUUUCGACUGUAGUACCUAUAAAUACAUUUUUAACUUUUCAUAAAUAUCUACGGUUUUUUUUUUUUACUUUAAAAUUUGUUCAUAAUUAUGUUAUGUUCAGUUUUAUUUGACAAUUUAUCUGUAACAUUUUUUUUUUUUUUUGUUUCUUAAAUGUUUUUAAUAAUUUUUUAUUAUUUUUGCUGUUGACAGUGUUAUCCAAUCUUCCGACCUGUUUUGAUUUCUAGUCCAACGCGCAAAAUUAUUAUUAUCUUAUCAACUGAUUACAUAAUUAUUAUUAUAUUAAGUACCACUAUUCGUAAUAGUCUUUUACGCUUCAAUAGAGCACACGGUUCAUAAAUAAUUAAAAUUUAUAUAUUUUAUAUGAAAUUAUUUACUUCAGCACAGUUAUAUAAAAAAAAAAAAAAAACUAAUAAUAAUAAUUUAAAAUUUAUUUUAUGUAAAGUAAAACGCUCUCUCUUUUACUCUCUCUCCUUUAACAAUAAUGUACACUAUAUGCGCGUAAACUUUUCAGCAAAAAACAAAAAAAAAAAAAACAAAAAAUUACAAUAUUGUUUUACAAAGUUGUAGAUCUCAUUUUUUUUCCCUUUAAUUAUCGAUAACGCAAGUGGAAAAAUCGUUAUUCACUCCCUCAUUGUGUGUUCCGGCGCAACCAUAAUAACAAUGUUGACGAUCUGUUAAUCGUUGUAAACGCCACUUCCUCCUAUAUUUAAAUGUACAUAAUUUUUUAAGCUUAUUGUGUGUUAAAUAAACCAUUUUAAAAAGUGUGUAUAAA